UCCUCUCCAAUAUCCAACCUGCUGAAUAAUUAUGCAAGAUCAACUAAGAUACAUAUGAUUCUUUGGCGAGGAAGAUUGGAGUUUUCAAGCUCUCAGAAAAAUCCUGCUUUACUCAUCUACCUUUCAACCCAACCCCCCAACCCUUUGUCAACUACCUGAUCCAGUUUGCAAAUAGAGCCAUCUGCUUUGACAGAACUGGCCUUUCUAAAGUCUGUUGCAAAUGACUGACUUCUCUGCUUCUGACACAGAUAGGUUUUUGUUUGGUAAAAAGUAGAAGCUGACAUAUGUGAACUGAACAAAGAAAACUAUUUGGUGGUCAUGGACUAUUACUCAUGGCAUAUCGAAAUAGCCUACCCCAAGGACAUAUCAGACGAGACCACAAGAGCUAAAAAAAAAAGAACAUCUUUGCUUCCAAUGUACAAAUAAACUGAUCACAGACAGUCCUCAGUUCUCUUGAGAAGCUUUCAAGUAGUUUUAUCAGCAAUAUGAAUCUAGACAUAUAACUGGUCCCCAUUAUGUACAAGCCAAUGGAGAGGCAGAGGAAGCUGUACGGAGUGCCAAACAAAUCUUGAGAAACCCUUAUCUCUACAGGUGGGUGCCCCUCACGGCUUGUGCAUGGACGGCAGUUCUGCACCACAGUUCCUACCUUACACUCCAAGCUACAGCCUGUGUGGCCAGACUUCAAACAGGUGAAACAAGUUAAUGAGGGUAAAACAAAGCUGUGAGCGUGUCCACAAUACUGGGCACAAUGUCAUAUCCAUACCAGAACUCCAGCUCAGACUCAGUGUUUGCUGGGAGGCUCGACAGUGAGAGAGAAUGGAUGACGAAAGCUUGUGUAUUGAAACAGUAUGACUCAUACUUGUAUGGGGGACUAUUACAAAGAUACCACCUCUUGAAACCCUUCUUCAGUACUCCAAAUGUCUCUGAGAAAGGUUGAAAGGACUGCAGCAAGUGUGAUAGAGAGCCGCACUCACCUGCUCCAGCAGCUGAUCCAUCUCCUGGUCCACUACCAGGUCCGACACCAUCAACCUCCAGGUGUGAGUAGCCAGCCAACAAAUAGGGAGAUUACCUGUCAGUAAGCUGAGGCUGUUAACAGACUGUUCAUUAGAAGUACUCUUUUGUUGCAUAUGUUAGGCCUUUUUGAUAAAGAGAGAGAAAAAAUCUUUUAUGUACAGAGAAAGCAAUGUGAAUUUAUUAUUUUCAAGAUAAAGUUUUUUUUUCAUUUAUCAGUCAUCUUGAGUUUAAUUCAAUAACUAUAUCAUAUAAAUAUUUAUGUUCAGUAUAUUUAAUAUUUCUAACUAUGUUUUUUGGUACUCAAAGAAAAAGUCAUGUAGUACAAUCGUACUAUUUCCUGCAGGUGAAGUUUAAGGCAACAUGAGCAUCAGGGAGUGAUGGGUACAAGACAGACUUCAUGUUUUAUGUGUACCACAUUAGUCUAGUUGUGCAGUUAAAUCCAUGCAGUCAAGUUUUAUGUUUGAGUCCUGUCAAUAUGUCCUGAUAGCAUGUCCACAUAAUGCUUGCACUCAGUGUACUUGUCAAAGACAUGUGAUUGGUGUAAAAAGGAAAAUCAAUCAUGAUGUCACGGGUUGACCGCUGGGACAGAGCCCACUAUUUUGUUUCUUUCAUUGUUUGGCAGAUCAUUGAUAAAAGUGAUUUAGCCACAAUAGCCUUGGUCAGUUUCUGUACAAUGGAUGUCAUUGUCUUAAGUUAGUCAUUAAAAAUGAGUAUUUAAGUGAAUACUCAUUGUCAACAUUUUCAUCAAUAAAAUUCCCUCUGGGCUAUGGUCUGUUGCUUGCAGGAUAGUUGAAAACAAAGGAACAUUUUGAGUGAGUGUGAAUUUAUCUUUAUUCAUGAUCUUUCUUUUUAUUUUCAUCUGUCUUCAUAUGAGGCCCACCCAUAAAAGUAAAUUCUGGAGCAAAAUAGGUCAUGUAUAAGGCACGGCAUUCCUCAAGAUUGUACAUCAAGGAAACAAAAUUUUAUUUUCAAUGAGUGGAAUAAAUAGCCAAUGAUUUAGCUAGAUGCAUUACUACAAAGCUAAAUUGUGCUAAAAGUAGAGCAUAUCUCUCAACGUUUUGUUAGGCACACAAAUUACAAUUAAAGUAAUCCUUCCAUAGUAUGGAACAAUAAAACACCCUGCAGAAGAAUAUAUCCUAAAGAAGAAGGCCACAGUAGGAGCAAAGAUUAGCAAAAAACAUAACCUAUGUUUUAUGAUUAUUAAAAAAUGGUUUUAAAAAUUCCUGGAAGCAGACAAAAUUUCACAGGUUUAUUGUAAAGCCAUUAAGAAACUUUGAUUUAUGAAUGUUGAAGUUUCCAAAGAUCACAGAUUUUGGAUGCUUUUAAUCUGAAAAUAUAUUGAAUUUUAUUUCAUUACAAGAUCAGGACCAGCUUUAGUUGCGGGGGCCACAGCUCCAAUCUGUCAGCAGAGCCAAGUAAUGUGCCUAAGAAAAGGCCUACAACUGGUUUGCUGCAUUUAAGACAGAGCCACUUCUUCUACGCUCGGGCCAUGUUUGGUUCACAUGCCUUAUGUCGGUGCCAGCUUUCGGCCUGGUCUGUGCCAAACGUCCUUGCUGUGCCGGUGGGCUCUAACAGAGUGUGGCUUUAAUCCUGCCGUCCUUGUGUGGAGGUGUGCAAUGUUCAAAGUGACUCUACCCUCAGCUUCCGCCAGGGGGCCGCAUACCUCCCUCUUCACUCAGAUAUGCCUCACAUGUCACAGUAGAACUGCAGGGCAACAGUGGCGUCAUUAUUAUUACUAGAUUUGUUAUUGCUCUGUUAGUUUCCUGAAUGACUUUGCAGCCGGCGGCUCAUCAGAAAUAAAUUAAAAAAAAAGACUGCCUUGUCUCCCAUGUUAUCGCAUCGUAACCUUGAGAGAUGGAGUGAUUUUGGGCUGUUACGAAAGACGGUUAUGUCCCUUUAUGUUUCACCAUAAUCAUAUUGACCCCGUAGAGUUAGCUUACCUGCUAAGGAGGGCUGCGUCAAGUCUACUCGUCGAUGUAUGACUCUGUUGUCAAGCCAGCACUAGUGAGCCAAAACAGGACCGGAAAAGGGUAGAUCUACCGAUUUAUAAAUUAGUCUGAAUGGUGGGCUAAAUCUAUUUCACCGUAAAAAUGCCUCAAUACAAAAAAGAAAGAAAGAAGGACAGAAAGAAGGAAAGAAAGAAAGAAACAUUGAUUGUUUAUUAACUGCUGUCCGUUUCUGUUUUGUUGACACAGUAUGAUUAGGUCUAAAAAUCACCCUAACCACUUUGUAGUCGGCCAACAUUGCACUUGGCGAGUUUUACGCACUCCUGAAUGCAUGGUAAAUCUUCUAUUGUCAAGGGGAGACCGGGGCUUGUUGUCACACUUUUUACACUUUUAUAUAUUUCUUGGAAUCAAUACAUCAUGUAUAAAACAAAAUGUGUACCAGAUGAAAGACCAAAAUCUCAGGUAGGUAUUCAUGUCAUUUUCAUAUCUUGUGUCAGUGCAGAGUUAUACGCAAUCACAUAGAGAGUGUGAACAUGUGACAUGUUGCCACACCAUCGGGUAAGUUGUGUCACUACAUGGAGUAAGAUGUUAUAGUAGAUUUUGCAGCUAAUAAAACAAGGACAAAAUUAUUGUUGUUCUCAUUUUUAUGUGAAAGUGAACAUCAAAGUCAGGCACAGAAAAUGUUUAUCAUUGAGCUAGAAAAAGUCAUUGAACAAACGUUAACAUAAAAUAUUAUGCAACAUGCUCUGGAGUUUGGAGAGCUGUCUGACUCUGUGUUUAUUGUUUAUUGUACUCCAGAUUGAUUUAUUAGCUAGGGUCACCUGCCUGACUGUCCUCAGCAUCACAUCAGGCACUGCACUGCCACGUUCUGUUUUUCUUUUGUAAUUCCUGACCAUGUCUUCUUCCUUUCUCCUCGCCUUUAAACCGCUCUUUUCUCUGUAAAAGAGACAUGUUGCCCCAAACUUCCAUGUUUGCUAAUUCUAGCUCUGACUUAAAGUUAUCUUAAAACAGAAAAAUGACUGAGCUAUGACAGGAUGCCUUAAUCUCUCCUCUAACAAGUUUACAUGUGCAACUGCUAGGAUUUUUAUCUGGAAGAAGCCUAUUUUAAAGUUUGUUUUUUUUUUACUUUAGGUUGUGCGACAUGGUUAAUUGGCGCUCAUCUCAGCUCACAAUGCGCUUUUUUUCCUCUCAGACAGGACAGACCCCUGACCAUGUAAAGGAAGAAAUGUAGUAGUCCACUUUUUAGUUGUGCCCUCUGGUGGCAAAGGUAACUCCCAUUUGACAACAAGCCCUGGUCACCCCUACUUGAAUCCAAGAGUGCAGCUAAAUAUGUCUCUUUUAAAUGUUUUCCCCUUUUGGGGAAGUUCAAACCAGCAAGUUUAUUUCUGGUGUGUGAAGUUCCCGGGACCUCAGGUAGACCACCUGUCCCUACAUUUGCCUAUCCCUAGUCCUUGAGACAGCAGUCUUGAAUCCUGCAUAAUGACCUUUUGCCGCAUGUCAGCCUCUUUCUCCUCAUAUCCUGUCUCUCUCAACUAUCUUAACAAAUAAAGGCCAAUGUCAUAAUGUAAUUUAAAAAAAAAUUGGGAUAUUGUCUGACUCACACAGCUCUUAACUGUCGUAAACCAAUUUGGCAAUCGUGUCAUGAGCUGAGCCGAGAGAAAAAUCCAGAGUUGAAAUGUGUCAAUCACACGGACUGACCAGUUUUAUUUUGAAGGCAGCACGAGCAGUUUCCGGUGUCGCAUCUUGGAGCUGAGCAGGUUGGGAGUAGGUUCUAUAGCAGGGACAGCAUUGCACACAGACACACGCGCCAAGUGAAUAGAUAAUUAAAGGGUACAGUAAAGAAAAAUCUCUUUCCUCAGCUAUAAGCCUACUAAGAGCCUCCAGCGGGCUCAUGGAGGACGGGGCCCUGCCUGUCAUCACCGGGGGCAAGAUAAUCGGAUGCCUUUCACUACAGCAGCGCCUUUAGAUGCUUUCCAUACAGGACUGAUUGGUUGACCAAUGGCUUCCAAACAUGCGCUUUUCUCUAGCAAAUGCAGCAAUGAUGAGGAGGUUGAGCGGCUUAAAGAUGCGCGAUACCGUUGCAUUCUCUCUCCGAUGGCAUGGACCUUAUACUAUCCACGGAUGGUGGCCGCCUUUUCGUCGAGAAACGUGAAAAGGACGGGGGCGCUGGAAUGGAUGCUGUUUCGGUGGUUUGCGACCAUCAGCGCUGUACUGAUGCUGAUGAUGCAGAGCUCCUUAGCGGCUGAAGGUGAGACUCUCAUGCUGUUAUCCUGCAACCUGUUUAAAUGUUUCUUCAUCCAUUGUGCUAUAAUUAAAUUGCCUAAAUAAAUAAUAAAUAGGCACACCACAUGACUAGCAACCUGAUUGACGCGGAAUAUUCUGACUCCAAGUCUCACACUGACUCGAUAUUAUUAUAUAGGUCGGUUAUCUUGCUGUUUGGCCAUUUUAGGAAGGAUUAACUGUGGAAGAUUUAACGAGGGUGCGUUAGGUAGGCUAUGGGCCGAAUAUUUGGACUGAACACAACAGCUGGAUUGUAAAGGAUAAGGUCACGUUACGGUGUCUGAAACGGUAUUAUUCUAGCUGAAUUGUCAUCGCCGAUUUUUGUUCAUUUAUUGUAAAUUAUUGUUGCACUGUUUUGGUACAGAAAUUAAGUGUAUCUUAACAAAAAAUGUACAGGCCGUAGUCGUCGAUGACUCGUCGAGAAACGCACAGCCGGAGCGCACGGUGGUCCUUAGCGUUGCGGACUACCGCUCCAUCGAAAGACAAAACAUGGCCGUUUCUUUAUUGUUACUUGGUGCAAAAACUUUUUAUUCAUACACGGAGCACUGAUACCAGAAUUGUUAAUGAAACAAAUAAUGUGCAUGUGUGGCGUUUCGUCGUCAGUAGCUGCAUCUAGGCGGAAUGAUUCAUGAUCCGAGGAAAACACAAAUUAGCAGAGGCAGUUUUAUCAGGCUACAGCUCUCAAAAGGUACAAGACAUCCAUAUACCUACUACCCAUAUUAGAGGAAUUGCUACCGUUUUAGAUCAGAUUUUGCACUUUGUAACUACUAUCCAAACCCCACAUGGCCUGUUGCUUUACAUACGGAUCCUUUUUUGAUGUUAAAUCACUGGAUGGUACUUGACUGAGUUGACUGCAUUUCAGUUCAUUCCUAUGAGAAAUCUGAAGAAUGAGAAAGCAAACAGAUGAUGUCUUUACUGUACUUACCUUACUGGAAGAUAAUAUCAAAAAGAGUUCUUGCACAGUUGACAUGUACACUAACAUAUAAACAUAUAGGCCAACACCAGAUACAAUUAAACACCUGUAUAGAUCAGAACAGAGAUAUUAAAGCUUUGAAAAGAUAGCUUCCAAGUGCCUUAUCAAUAGAUCACUGAAACGCAUCUGGCUUUAAAAGAAGCCUAAAAGGUCCUAUGAUCAAUAUUUGGUUUGUAUCAGUUUUGAAACCACUUGUGUACACAGCAGUCCUGGUUUUGCCUCUACAUGCUUGAGUAGUGUCAUCCCCAGAAAUAAAAUCCUGCUAACUUGUAUGGCCAAAGGUUUUUGUUGUUGUUGUUGUCAAUGUGAAGACCUUUUCGUCAGCAGCCUCAGUGACAUCUUUACCCCCUGACACAAGUUUUAGGCAUUAAAUAGACUGUAACUUUACAUACUAGAAAUUCAAAUUUUUAGAAAUCGUAAUUUCAGUCUAUUUCAUAACUGUCAAAAAAAUUAUCACAGGAGCUCCCACAUGACAAACAUUUCACCUAUGAUGUGGUUUUUGGUUACUAGAGCAAAGGUUAAUUUAUUUGUAGCCCAUGUCACAAAGGUAUACACAAUAUGGUCCAUAGAAAUAAAAGAAAAAUCUAAGUGAUGUUAAAAACAUCCUGACAAGUAAAUGGUUGAAUAUUAAAAUGAAGGUGAAAUGCUGUGUGAAGUAAUAUGCAGCAUAAGGCAGUGAGCAACAUAAAAAUAAUUAACAUAGAUUCAAAAUUACCUAACAAUAACCUGUGCUGUACAAUGAAAACAACUGUAGUGCUCUAAGAAAUGUCUUUGGGGUCCCUAAAUGCCCAUCACAUCAGCACAUCCAUAUCACUUAAUGUCAAAUAUGAUAAAUAUUUCUCAGGUGUUCCUCAGUAAAUAGACCAAAUUACUCUGACAUAAAUAUACAGGAUGUAUGAAAAUUACCUGUGAGGUGGAUAGCAGAGAAGUUUCAGGAGCAAGCAGUAUUGUCCGUGUAAAAGUUUCAUAUAGAAUUUUUACAUAGCUGAUGGAGAAAUGUGUUUUCUAAACUUUAAUACAUUAUAUUCUGAAAAAGUACAGAUGAAGACAACUGUAUUUAUAAGUUGUCAAAUAAGGCAUUUUAUAACAUUAGAAUAAACUAGCACAGAUUUAAAGCUUGUAAAUAAUAAUAAUGAUAAUAAUACAUUUUAUUUGUAUAGCGCUUUUACAGGAGCUCAAAGACACUUUACAAAAACAUAAAAAUACAGUGAGGCAAAGAUUAAUAGUAACAAGCUAAAAAUAAGGUAAAAUCAGAUAAAAAGAAUAAAAGAAAGUCUUGCAAUGUUUUUCAGGUGAAGGAAAGCGGAGCAGGCAAGUUGGGAAAUAUGGUGGUCAAAAGUAAGGUUGGGGCGAAAUGGAUACCAAGGUUGCGGACCAGUGAAGAGGGGGUGACAUGGGAUUGGUCAACAUGGAUGGGGAUGUCUGAGGUGGUUUUGGUGAGGGUUUUGGGCCCGAUGAUUAUGAGAUCUGAUUUGUCACUGUUGAGUUUGAGAAAAUUGUGGCGCAUCCAGGUUUUUAUUGCGUUGAGGCAGGAGGUGACGGUGGCAAGGGUGGUGGAGGAGAUGGAGCGGGAGGAGAUGUAUAGCUGGAUGUCGUCGGCGUAGCAGUGUAAGUUGAGUCCAUGUUGCCGGAUGAUAUUGCCAAGGGGGAGUAGACAGAGGGUGAAGAGUAGGGGACCAAGCAAAAUAAAACCUUUAACCUUUCACAAUCUAAGACUGACAAUUAAAUAUUCUACAAAUAAUUGUGCAAGGCCAUGGAUAAAUACAGAGGUGAAAGGUAACUAAUUUAGUCAGCCUACUUACCUUUGCUGCAUAUUUAAGGGAUUUGUACUUAACAGAAAUAAUUCCACUUAAUAUUUCUGCUUUACUACAUCUUAAGGGCAAAAAAACAAAACAAAAAAAAAACCUCUGCUGUAUUGAUCAGUUGUAGUUACUAGUCACCAUGCCCAUGCCAUCCUAACUGCUUUAACAAGUGUUCAGAGGCAAUAGAAGUAGGGCCCUGCUGAAGGUGGCAGGGCGCUAGACAACCACUUCUAUUGCAGGCUCUGAUCAUGACAAUUAUUGUUGCAUGUACAGAAAGUGAUUUAUUUAUACUUCAGCAUUUUUGAAACAGCAAAACCGUUCAUUUCAGUGAACCGGAUCAUUCCGGUUUGUUCAGUAAAAAGAUCCGUUCAUUUUGGUCAUUUCGGUCAAUUGGUCGUUAGUCAGUCCGUUCUCUCAGGUUCAUGUUCGUUCAGAUGCGGAACGAACGUGAACGUGUGCGAACGGACUGACUCGAACAGACUGACUCGACACGGCUGACCGGGUUUAUGCAGGGGGAGAUCUGUUCAGACUCUGAACGAACGAGAGCCUCUUAGCUCCCUUUGUGACAAUAAAAUCAAGUAUUUCCAACAGAUACGUCUUUGCUGACAUUCAAAACACAGAGAGAUCUAAGGAUACGUAUUCAACAGCGGUGCGACUUGGGACAAUAUCAUGCGCAUUUUUUUAAAAGUCUCCAGGUAACGGUCACUUUUUACACUGAAACACAGGCAUGUUGACCCAGCUAAACCAAGCUAUAUAGCUUAGCUAGCACAUUACGCUUUGGUACUAAUUCAAAUGAUGGCUGAAUACAGAUGUGUCUGUACACACCGUACAGCAUCGGGAUAUUUUACUGGAAAAGCGCAUCCAGCUGUCUCAAGCAACCCCGCGUACUCUUAUCAACCGCUGUUUGUUAGCUUAGCAUGCUAAACCUUCUGCUAGUGAGUCUCUGCCUCUGGCUGCAGCAGCAGCUGUGUGCCUGUGUGUGUGCAACUGCGCGGCACUGUUUGUUGGACUCAUGAGUACAGAUACCCCCCGCAAGAGACUGCCUUAUAGUUUAUUUUAUUCAGUACAUCCCGUUGCGUUCACAAGUCGGUCGGCUAGUGACAGGCUGACAGCCCCUCGCAGAGAGUGAACACUUGUGCUCAGUCAGUCUGAGAGUCGGUCAAUCUCUCGGUCAGACCGAGCUGACUGAAAAGACGGAGACCGAGUCGGUCAUCGGUCCCGGUCUUUCAGUCAGCUCAGUACUGCUGCUGCUUCUCUAAGCCCCACCCACCCACAGAGCGAGGCGCGACGUUAGGAUAAGACAGGCAAGCACGGAGAUAGUCCCGCCCUAAGGAACUGACUCUUCAGCCAAUCAAAAGAACUGAACGGACUGAACGAGUCAUUUAGGGGGGGCUGACCUCGUUCAUUUCGUUCACCAAAAAGAACUAUUUCUUUUAAUCCGUUCGUUCAUGACCGACACACCACUAAUGAGUUCAGCUAAACAGAGACACAGCUGACUUGUCAGGUGGGCACACUGUAAGCUCUUGGCAAGGUGGCUGUAGACCUGCCUUGACUGCCUCUUGUGAGGUUGCUGAAAACCGAAGUCAUGUUAUUCAGAAAUGGUGAGGUUAACACAGACAUUCAUUCAGAAAUAGACGAUGUUCAAAUUGGACAAUUAUAUGACAAAAAAUUUGUGGGUGUUUUAAUCAACCACAAACUCUGCUGGAAACCACACAUUAAGUAUCUGUGCUUAACCUGUGCUCAAAGCUGAGUAAACUGAGUGUGAGUGUGUAAUGCUUCUUCUAAAUCAUGUAGCAAUACACACAUCUUUUUCCUUAUCUGUCCCAUUGUGUUGAAGAUCGGGGGAACACUUAUCAAAGCAGUCUACAAAAGAUAUGCAUGCUGCAAAAAAGAACUGUAAGGAUUAUCAAUCAUGUUGGUGUCUGAGAAUAUACUUAAUGUAUUUGGGAGUUUUGGCCAACUGUGUUAUUGUUAGACCUGCAAAAAUCACUUAAAUGAACUGAUAUUGUAAAUAGGGGGCAGGAAGAGAUAAACUGUUACCUUAUCCUGCCCCUUCUUGAACGCAUCAACCACGUCUCUUUUAUUUUAUGUCAGUAUUAGCACCAAGUUGGCACAUUGUUAAAAAUGAAAAGAAAACACAAUUUCCUUUGGUCGCCAGGCAAUGGGACAGAAACAGACAUUUGUGUUGGUUUCAUGUCUGGCCUUUGACAUCUUGACCCUGCAACACUUGAGCAGAUUAUGAUCAUAUAGCAGGAGUGGACCAGGGCAAUCAUUCAGGCCAGGAAAUAUAGAGCCACAGCCAGGACACUUUUUUAGUGGGAAGUAAACACCUCUCUCCUGUCAGUGAACUACAAAUGCCACCCUCUAGAUGACCCUUUGACCUCCAGUUUUAUCCCUGUCUCUAUCAUUUAUCCAACAGUCAUUACAAACUCGUCUGGAGUGAAUAUAAAGCAGUAUCCUGUUGAUGUGCAGGCCUGCACAUCAGUAACGCUCUUGUUCCUUCAAAAUAAGAGCUCCCAACUGAACAAAAUCACACACGACUGCGCCAGCCUGAUCGCACGUCAUGUGUGCACUUGUCGCAGCUUGCCUUGAGUGAGAAUGUGCUUAAGUGUGUGUGUGUGUGUGUGUGUGUGUGUGUGUGUGUGUGUGUGUGUGUGUGUGUGUUUGUGAGUGUUUGACGCAGACCCACAUUCAUAAGACUUGAAAGAAAAGAGGGGCUGGUGGACCAAGCAGCAGGCCAGCCCACCAGGAAACGUCCCCUUGUCCCUAUGGCCAUAGGAAGACAUGCUUCAGCAGAAGAAGGUGUUUCACGUGGAAAUCACUGUUUUGGUCUGUUACCACGGGACCAAAGUUGAAUCCCCUAGAAGUGGUUUUCCCAGUAAGUAGGUGACAGAAACAGUGCAAAGGCUUUUUGCUUCCACAUUCUCAGAGCUGCUAUGGCUGGAGGAUCACUUAAAUAUAUAUGGAGGCCUACAGGCAAGGAAAAAUGUUUUUUUCAUCUUUAUUCAUUUGGCUUUGAAUUUGCACUGUACCCAUACAUCUACCCUGUCCAUAUUUCUUCUCAGUGGAGGUUGUUCUUUCCCAGUGUGUUUGAAAUGGUCUGGUAUAAUGGUCACAUAUGUUGCUCUCAGUAAGGACAGGUGGCUAACUGUUGGAGGGGAAAACACCAAAAAACUGCUAAUAGUUAUGCACAUGGCUCAGUCCUUUAAACUAUUCCACCAUGCAAUAUUCAGUUUAUUGAUUACUUAGUUUUUCUAUUCACUAUUUCCAUUUUUCAGUACAAAGAACUGAUUGAACAUAUCAAUCAUAAAUUGCAUUUCAAAAAGAUAUCUAUGCUCCUGUAAAAAACCUCUUGCCAUUGUUUGAAAAUACCUCAGAAAUCACAUGACCCUCCUUGAAUAAUGGGUAGUUAUUCAUGUUCUUUUCCUGUUUUCUUUUGCUGAAUAUUUAAUCAUGGACAUUUCUGUGAAAUCUCUUGUCUACGGUAUCCACGCAGUGAAACUGUGACCACAAAUGUUCAAGUGUUCAGUGUGAGGUCUGGCAGUCACUUUGAAUUAUCUUAGUGUGUGUGUGUUUAGAGGACAGUCAUGUUUAAAGUCAGUUGGAGCUGUCCAGAAGUGUGUGGUCUCCCACAGUGUUUUUAUCAGUAAAGAUCUAAAAGUCCUCUGGUGACCUGCCAACUGACGUCUAGCCACGUUACUACUAACAAGCCUUCCUAUGCGAGCUUGUGGGAGUGGAAAUGAACGUGAAAUUCUUUAUACCAGAAGUAAAUUAGAUCACAGUCAAGUUUGCUGAACAAUAAAUAAAGGACCUACUUUCAGUGUCGUGCAUAAACCCACGAAAAUAAACACACUUAUUGCAUGCACUCAUAUUUUGUUGACGUGUGAACUGAAUGGCUCAGUUUGCAAUUCAUGAAUGGGAACCUGAGCGUUGUUCACCCUGGUGAAAGUGCAUGUCUACUCACAUUUCAGAUGGAUCUGAGAAGCACUGAGAAUUGCAGAGUGUAGUUGAGCACUGUUUCACAGCCAUGAAAGGGAGAUUUAUGGAUACCUGCAUGCAUUCAUAAGCCAGCACUUGAAGCAGUCUGAUGAACUAAUCAGGACAGAUUUCAGCAGGCUAAAAAAUUGUAGUUUUAGAAGGCUAUAAUGUCUUUAAGAAUGUAGAAUAUUCUCAUUUGCUUGUUAGUUUGUUUUUAGUUUUCCUCCUUACCUAAUGUGACAACCAUCUCACCUGUUUUAUCAAAGCAAAUUUUUUCAGUGUAUUUAACAACAUCCACUGGUAGAAAGGCUCUUGUUCCUCAAAAAUAAGGAAGAGGGGUGUAAAAUCAUGUGCUUACACAGUUGAAAUAGAAACUAGAGGUUUUUAUCUCAGUUGGUUCUUUUAUCUUGUUUCUUAUAAAUCUGACAUUGACAUUGACAUUAAAUUGGAAAUAUAGCAGUAUACAUAUGUGCACUUCAUAAUUAUUGCUUAAUUGGUUAUUGCACAGAGAGUUUCAGCAGGUUGUUGUAACAGACAGUAUUAAUGAUAUGAUAGGGUGUGCAUUCAACACAAAUGCACAGAAAUAUAAUUUAGCUAAGAUUAUGACCUCCCUAUAUCAUAAUAAUAACAAUAACAAUACAAAUAUAUGUACGUAUAUUAAUAAAUAUAUAUAUUCUGGUUCCCCUCCAUGUUGCUGCUAGCAGUGCUUUCCACCCUGCUCCCUUCUAGUUGUCAGGUAAAACUGAGUAGACUGUGUCAUUUUCUGUGCUCCAGUGCGGGAAUAUCGCCAGACACCAAAUACAAAAAGAACAAAUACUGAAAAAUACUGUGAGGUGUUAGAGGAGCUAAACAGCUUAAUCAGCGUUGUAUUAUCUCCUGUUGUAGUUGCUUGGGUAACGCGGAUAUUUUUUGUGUGUAGAGAUUACACACUGUAGCUUUAAUGUGGAGAAGCCGUCUAAUGUUUUCCGUUGCAAGCCUCCCUUUGAGAAGUCCUGUUUGAUGGUGAUUAAUUAGCUUCCCUACAAAUGGUUUCAAUCUCUUGACAAGGACUUGAGUAAAGAGAUUUAAUUCUCUCGUAAUGAGGGAUAUCAACCUCCUUAUCUGGAGUAGAUUCUGCAGUUUAUAUAACUGAAUAGAAAGCUCUAAUUGUGUCAUUUAUCUCAUCUGGGUUAUGUGUACCAAGUUCUAAGGUGGUUUGAAUUGCAUUAAUUGAUAAAAAGGACACAUUUUGUUUUGCCCAGCAGCAAGAAGUCUACUUGAACUUUCUCGGUGUUGAAUUUGGAGACUCUGGUCAAGCAUAGACAGAAGCUUCUCUGCAUCUACUGCACUUUUGAAGAAAAGACAAAGCCAUUCAAGACUGGCUUUGUCCUGGGCACUGCAGCCACAGUGGCUUGCUGAAUCUCAAUCUUUUAUCCUACAAGAAAAGUAAUCUCACACUGGCCUUUCCUGGAGAAACUGAAUGGCAUUCUCUCCUUCUGCUGACUUAGCUAAGUCCACCAAUUAGAUGUUGCACCUAUGCAAUGUAUCUUUCAUCUCAACUACUUUCUGGGAGAGUUUGAGUAAAUCUCUCUGAAGACUACAGGCAUUGUGUUUAAUUGUUCUCAUGUUAGAUGUACUAGCAUUUAUCUUACCUUGUAGCUUCUCAGCUAGCUCGGCUAGUUGAGUGAUAUCCAGAUUCAGUCUGGUAACAGCUGAAUUUACGAAUCGAAUUAUGGUUUUUAGGGCUUGAAUUUCACCAGAGAGGAUGUCCUCUGCUGCCUCUCUUAUAGCCAGCUUAACUUUCAAGUCGUCUUCUUGUCCCUGUAAUGCUAGCAAGAUGGCAGCAUUUGAUGGCUCUUGACUGCUUGUCUUUACCUUGAGGCUCUUUCUUUUUGACAGUAGGAGUUUCUUGCACUUUGUACUCUGCACUUUGUUCUUGUUUUUAAAAUGUGUGAUUUAUUCUGGUUUCAUCCCUAUUUCUAUUCUUCCUCUGUUAAUAUUUGUAUUUUCAAGAGCAAGCAUAAUGUCUUAAUUUCCUGGGAUGCAUGAAUUAUUCUGAUUCUGACUCUUGAGACACGUCAAGUCUCGUUGUUUUAGUUUUAGACAUUCUUAGGGAUACUUGGGGGUGAAAAUAAACGAUAAAGCCCCCUGAAUUAUAGAGUUUAUCAAUAAAUUUUCUGACUUCGAGACAGAGCUCAGUCUAAGAGUGCAUCACAUCACAGCAGCCACAGGCAGUCUUCCAUGCUGCUGAUUUCUGUUUAGAGUUGAAAACCUUUCUCUAGAGCAGAGGAUUUUAUUGAAUACUCAAGACUCAUAGUCUUUUGAGGGUUUUUUUUUCUUUAAAGGAUAGUCUGACAUGAAUCAAUCUAUCCUGGGCUACUUUUAAAAUGUAAAUGCUUUUUAUUUAUACAGCCCUUUACAACAACCCUGUCAGUGAACCAGAGUGCUUUUCAAUACAUAGUAAAUAAAAAUGAAUAAAUAAAAGCAAUAAUAAUAAUAAUAAUAAUAAUAAUGAUGAUGAUGAUAAUAAUGAAGAAUGAGAUACUGUGCAAUAAAAUAAAGUAAAAGUGUCUCCAUGCUACUGGGUAUUAAAAGCCAGCAUGAAUAAAUACGUUUUAAGUCGAGAUUUGAAAAGGCCCAGGUCACAAAUAAGUCGCAUUUCGGUAGAGAGCUUAUUCUAGAGCCUAGGACCAGCAAAUGAAAAGGCUCAGUCACCCCAGUGUUUGUAUUUUGAUCUGGGCACUUCCAGCAGAAGUUGGUGUGAUGACCUCAGAGCUCUACCAGGCUCCCGAAUGGUUAAAAACUCAGUUAAAUAGAUGGGGGCGAGGCCAUUAAGAGCUUUUUUAAACCAACAUUAAAAGUUUGAAUCGGUUUUUGGGUUCAUCUGCUUGUUGUCAGUUUGUUCUACGUUUUCUUCUUAAGCAACUGAACAGACUCAUGGGGAGGCGUUUUUCAGGUGGAUGGUAUAGAUAAAAAUGUCCGUGUAGGAAAGAACAUUUAUCUGCGUUCUUACUCUUUAGGUCUGUCACUAAUAAAUUCCCUUCACAUUUAACAAGAAUUACAAGAUUUUUUUUUUUUUUUUCACAACUCAAAGUAAACUCUACAUGUUCAUAACAGGCAUUGAGGUAUAAAAAUGUCAUCGACAUACUGUUUCCAUAGUUUGAUAUGGUUUUGAAAAGGAUUCACAGGACUGAAGACAUGGUCAUUCUCAAAACCGGCUACAUACAGGGAAUUGAAAUUUGGGGUCACUUUACUGUCCUUGGCUGUACCCUAACUUUGCAUGUACAAAGAAGUUUUCUCAUCAGUAAACAUUUUUUAUGAGCACAUUCUCAACGAGUUCUCUUAUACACAAGCUGUUUAAGAACCAUGUGAUGUACUGUCUAGAAAUAGAGUGAGAGCACUUAAACCCCCAUAGUGAUUUACAUCAGUGAAUAGGUUCUGUAUAUCCAUGGUAACCAAAUGUGUGUAAUGGCUUAUUUGAGCUGCAAACUUGAAGUAGUCAAUCAUGUCCACUGGGUCCCUCACAAACGAUAGCAGGGCAAUAAUGAGCUUUAUAAAAAAUACACAAGAUAUAAUUUUUUCAGUGAAUGAACAAACGCAGUCACUACAUGUCAUACUCACACUGAUCCAGCAAGAGGCAUUGUAAGGUGCUUCAUAGUUUUAACAGAUCCAACUGUUUAAUACUUGACUCUGAUUCAUCGAAACCUGAUGACACAACUUUUUCUCAGUGUUUUGCUGUUCCUGUCCAAGCAUUUUCAAACCUGUUCAUGCUCAGCUUUAGACUGCAUUUAUGAUUUAUGCAGGUGUGGUAUGAAGUUAAACCCAUACACUAAUUAGUAGCAUUUAUAAUUGCAUGUAUUUUGUGACACAUCAUCUCUGUGGCUCCUCUUUUGUGGAUGGUUGUGGUUGUUAAUUGUAUGUUAAUACAUUUUCUAAAAUAGCAGGAUGUCUUGAGCUUCUUUUAUACAGUUCCUUUUCAGACCUUUUUGGUUUUCACCCCUGACAAGUAUCCUAUGAAAUUCCUGAAUUAAGCAAAACUUUGAACUCUACAAAAUAAAUCUAAACUAAGAACCAAAGUGAGGUACUUAUUAAAAGAAACGGACAUAAAAAAAAGUCAGAACUAAAAAAUGAUAACAAAUGAUAAUUUCUAUUUUUCUCUUUGUUAAGAACAAAUAAUUUCCUGAAAUAAUCUCACACAAGUGCUCAUGUGUGGGUUUAGGCGUGUGCAUCUAUCUAUGUUUGUGUUUAUCAGGGUUGAAGGAAACCUGAAAAGACAGAUUUUUAAUGUUGUAUUUUCUGCCGAAAAAUCAUUGUACUAAAACUCUUUUUCUGCUUUAUCUUUCAUCCACCUGUCCCUCCAUCUCCCUCUCCUACAUUUCCUACAGCUGAAGGAGGUCACACUGUUUCUAUGAGACAUGCCAUUUUACCUUCCAACCUCUCAGUCAACCAGAGAGGCCAAGUUAAAGUCAAAGAUGUGAUGAUCUGGACUGGAGCUGUACCUGGAGCUUGGCCUGUGGGUCAGAUGCUUGCUAAAGACAAAGCAGCAGCUAAUACUGAGACAGAAGCAGAAAAGCAGACUGAUGCAGGGGGGAAAGUCUCUGAGCCCAGGAUAAUUACAGAAACCAGUGACUUGGCUGACGUUAGGGCUGGAUGGAGACUUGAGGAAAGGGAGGGGGAUGGGCUACCAAGCAUGCCCAGUGACCCAGCCAUCUGGUUUAGGCAGCAGAGACUACGGACACACAGAGAAGGCCAAAUAGCGCAGGCAACUUUCUCAUCAGUUUCCCCGAUGUUAGCAGAGACAGCUGUGUUGCAGAAAACAGCAUCAAGAAAACCAUUAGGACUGCUGUCAAAAGCUGCUUGGACAAAAAGCUCCUCUUCAUUCUUGUCCCAAGUCUCCUCAUCUUCUUCAUUUUCUUCUACAACCAAAGCUUCCUCUUUCCCUUCCCUCCCUUCCACCCUUCCUCCAUCCUCUCCUACUGGUACCAUAGAAAAUCUUGCAGCAAGAACAGUCAGUACCCCCCUGGUUUGGGCCAACAGCAACUUCUCCACCAGCAACAGCAGCACUAGUUUGGGUAGGUGCCUAUGUUCCCUUCCUCAUCCGAAAUAUCAUGGCCUGUGCCAUUCAACAACUCAAGAACUUCAGUAUUUCUGCACUUCCUGUUACCUUGCCUGUGACUUCAUCAAAGUGACCUUAACAAAGUCGUUCUUAAAUGGAAGUCUUUUGUUUCAAAACAAGACAAAUUAGUAUCUUACUACCAAUCACAUCACAUCACAUCAAAUUAUGUAACAGCCACAUACAAUAUGUCCUAAAGUAACAAUGUAAGGGGGAAAUAAGAGGAAAAUGGGAUCUGAUCUCCUGCAGUCUUUCAAGUGGAUUGUUUAUGCCUCAGAAUAUCACUAAUGGGCCAAUUGUUAAAUCAAAAUGACUCCCUCUUUAGGUUUGAAAUAAAAAGCAAUGCUUUAUUCAUGUCAACUCUUGUCAAUGGCUCUUGACAUGGUUUCUGGGUUAUGCAUACUGUCUUUAUUCACUCCCAAUAUUAAAAGCCUUGAAGUGUGUUAUCAGCAAUAAUAAAUGUGUUAAUUAUGCUUUAGUUAAUGCUAAAAUAAAUGUAUUUAUGUUUAAAAUGCAUCCUAUAAGGUCUUAUCAGAGGCUUAUUUACUAUUAUAUAUUGCUCUUUAGAAGAACGUCAUUAUUUAGUGUUGGUUUCUGUUUUCAGCUGUUUAUAAAUUACCAUUUUUUUCUUGAUAGUAGCCAAGGUCGCAGCAGGUGGGUUCAUGUUAAAAUUAGGGCUGCAUGAUUUUGGCCAAAAAUAAAAUCCAGAUUUCUUUUUUCCUGAAAACACGAUUUUAGAUUUAGAAAAUAGAUUAAUUGUGCAGCCCUAGUUGAAGUAGUGAAAAUAUUGCUUGUUUAAUCUUCAAAAGUUUGUGGCUCAGGUAUGUUCUUUGGGCAACCUUGGAGGUUAGACAAAUUGAGACACAAUAUUUAAAGGCCUGUUGUUAAGAUGAUCAUGUUUGGUUCGUCUGUUCAUCAGAGGAUUCAUUGACCAGAAUAACCCCCCACAAAAUACCACAAGACAAAUAAGAUAUUGAUGUUCUCAUUUCUUUUCCUCCACACAGAGGAGUCAGUGAGCAGCCUGCCAGCCUGGGAUCUCCCCACUGUUCCAGAGUCACUCCUGUCUACAGUGGGCGACCAUGAUGUCACUCUCCCCGCCAAUGUCACCAGCCCUUUUUCCACCCACAAAUGGAACACAACUGUUCCCUCACACACCAGAAACACCUCACGACUCACAACCACAUCGACUGCCACCGUCAACACAUCUCCUUCACUCAGCACCACUUCAACCUCACAGUUACCCACCACAGCAAAAGAACCAACUACAACAGGGUCAACCACAGUUCUAAGCCAGAACACUGUGCUCAAUGAUAGUCUUCAGCUGACUACAGUGAUGACACGGUCAAUGACUACUCUUGCUGUGACAGCUACUGAAACGAUAACGCAGACAGUGACCACUGGAAGUACUGUCACAGUACCGCAAAAUACCACAGCUGCUAUGACCAUGAAGCAAACAACCAGCCCCAAACACAGCGUGACAGCUACAACACUGCCCACAACUACCACAACAACAACGACACCUGCAACAACUACCUUCACCACCACUGAACCCCCAGCCACCACUACUGCUCCUCCAACCACUACUACAACAACUUCACCUACGACUGUUACAGCUGCCACCACAACUACCACCACCACCACCACCACUACUACCACCACCACCCAAGCACCUACUACGACUGAGGCCGUCUUUAUACCAACCACACUACCUCCAACGUCCACUACAGAACCUCUUGUCAGCACUGAAAUGGGAGAAAGUCCUCUUCCAUGCAACAUUACCAAGAAGUACUGGGUCAAAACAGGUAUGAGACCAAAACUGUGUCUCAGAGUAACUGGUGUUACCUUGCUUUUCUAGCAAUGUAAAAUUCACAGACAAAUUUCUGAAUAGAUUAAAUUUUCAUAAUAAAAUCACGAGAGUUUGUCUUAAGUUAGGGUGUGCUCCUGUGAUCCCUGUUGCUUGGUGUAAGGUGGUCUUCCAAUGUUGUUUAAAAAUUCAAUCUAGCAUGGUUGUAGGCCCACUCUCCUCCAGAAGCCACUUGUUUGUGGGGGAAGCCCUGACAAGUCGAUCACCGAGUGCAGCGGAUCAUUUCCUUGAAGUAAUAAUCAUCAUAAUAAUCAUUUUGCACUGCAGACACAGUAGUUCUUCUGCCUUAGUGUCUCGAUCUGAUUGCAUUUCGAUGAAGUAAUAAUCAUGAACAUUCUUCCUUGAGCUGCGAAACUCUGCUGCACUCAGUGAUCAACUCGUCAGGACUCCCCCACAAACAAGCGCCUGCUGGAAGAGAGUGGGUGAGUUGUGUUUAGUCUCUUUGCUAAAGAAACCAGGCAAAGCUAUGGAGUGGCUUUUUGGUUGAGGUUUGCACAUAGAGACCAAUACUGCUGUGUAUUGCUAUCAUGCGGUCGUUACUAAAGUUGAUAUAACUAGAGCAGCAAGCAGUCUGCAACAUUCAUCUCUCGAGGGGGUGUCUAAUUCGGUGUUACGGUGUGUUUGACCAUGACUUAAACUUGCACCGGAAUAUCCCUUUCAGAGGUUAAGUUGUGUAAACACAGAACCUUAGUUUUAUGCAGUAGUCAUAUUGAGUGCAUUUUAGUAGAUUUUACUCAAAAUCAUUAGGUCGCAUAAAUUAAGUCUAAGUUGUGUGAAAUAAUAAUGUUAAGAAUGCAAUAAUUUCAUGCAUGCCCAUGAAGGGGUCAAGGUGGUCAAUUUUUAGUCUCUUGGAUACUACAUGUAGGGAUAAAUAAUUUUAUGUAUGUAAUAGUUAUUCAUAAUUGUUUUAUUUUAAUGGUAUUAUUACACCAAUAGUCACGUUGGUGUUCUGCUAGGAGGUUGUUGGGGAAAUCUAAUUGGGGAAAUCUAAUUGUAGUCUUGCAGUUGGUGACCCGUCAAGAUCCCUGGUCUUAACAAAAUCUUGGCUUGUGACUAAAAACUCUGCAGCUUUUUUUGCUUUCAAAGUUAUCUUCUAAGUGAAGGGCUUAAAAAGUUUUGAAUGAAAGUCCUAAACUUCAGAGCUUAAAAAAAGUUUUCUGAUAAGUGAGAAAACGCAUGUUUCCCUAUGUUUUUCAAAAACAAUCAUUGCAAAGUAAAAUUUUAUUUAAUCAAAAAUUUUGUAAAAAAAAUCCAAAAUUAUGAAAACUCACAAAGCAAGGGUAGACUGUCCAAAAGCAUUAAUGCUAAUUUGACAGUGAUUACAAUGAUUUUAAUGAUGUAAUAUGUCGCAGACUAUGAACAACCUUUUAAGAACAUGUUAUGCACACUUACUGAGCUCUGUUUUUUUUUAAUUAUUUUUUUUAUAGUUCUUUCAAUUGAGCUACGCAGGAACCGCCUGGACCUGAUCCUAAAACAGAACCUCUCAAAAGGACUGAGCCAUGCACUUCAGAGAGCGCUGAAUGACUCCACCGCCUAUGUACAGGUCAGUGUCUCAUACAGGUUUGCUUGGUCGAGGUGAAGCAUCAAGUUUUGAGAUAACUAGCACAAAAUAAACAAAUAUAUGCAUAUAGAUCAAUAGCUAGGGAUCAAGUGGGAUUAAAAAACAUCCCUGUACACUGGUCCAGCCAAGCCUACAUCAGACAUCCUCCAGUAGUGUCACAAUUGCCUUGAUCUUAACUCAUGACGUUAUCCAGUUUAUCUCUGACCACUGAUGCUGAUUGGAUGUUAUGUUUACAGGAUUUAUUUUCCACUUUCCCACUAAAUACUUGAUUUGAUCGGUCAAAACCCCUUCACAGCUGUCAUUAACUCUGAAGAGCAAGGGCAACACCAGGGACAGCAUGAUCACAAACCCCCGUUCAUCAGAUCAAUCUGUGGAAAGGAGAUUGGCAAUUCUACAAUGCUGUUUCUGUUUUUAUCUCGCCUGGUUGGCGAUGUGACACAAAUGUUGCUUUAGUAUUUGUAGUAUUAUGUUGGUAGAAAGGAUAUUUCUGAGAUUGUUUUUAAUUUACUUGGAGAGCUGAAAACUAUAGAUAGCUGGUUGGAGAAGGUUUACAUUUGUCCAUAUUUUGAUUCAUACAGAUAAUUUUUGUUUGAAAACAUGAAAUACACAGGCAUUACCACAUUUUCCAGCUCAUCUUAGCAGCUUUUUACCAUAAUUUUCUAAGACUCAGCUGUCUUAACAUGCCCAUCUGAAAGCCUCAAUACAGCUCUGUCAAGGUCACAGACUGAAGCUCUUAAAAAUAAUCCAUCAUCUAAAAAGUCCCCUUCACCUCUUGACUUAUCCUCCACUCUACUUUGCUGAUUCAGUGUAUCUGGUAAAAUUGGUCACAAAUGUUUUUUAGCUUUUGAAGGACAGUCACAGCUGUUUUCUCCUCUGAAGGCACCAGAAAAAAAGUUUGAAAUGUUGAUGUUUUUAGGACAACAGCAGCCAAAACACAGCUGUUCAUCUCAGCCACUCCAGUGAUGACUCUUUCGUAAGCAAAGGCCCGUGUGCCAGUAUUCACAGUUUCAUUGAUGCUUAACAGAUACUUAUGCUAAUUUCAUGCUGUGUCACUAUUGCUUUCCUUGUUGAGCCAAUAUUUGCCCAGCAACAGCCCCUAAGAGCACUUCAGACAUACAUCUGCUCAGUGUCGUUUUAACAGUUCUGCUGCGAUUAUUAACACAAUGUUCUUUCUCCAAAUCUCCAAAUCAUAUACUAAUGUGUGUGUGUGUGUGUGUGUGUGUGUGUGUGUGUGUGUGUGUGUGUGUGUGUGUGUGUGUGUGUGUGUGUGUGUGUGUGUGUGUGUGUGUGUAGCAGUACAUUGAUGAAAGUGGACUGGAGCUUGGAGACUCUGAGUCACUCCCUUUGCAAGCUCACAAACAGCUGGUUAAAAAUAGAAAAAGCUGGCAGAUGAGAAGAGAAGACAGACAACUGGAUUAAGAGAAGCAGGUGGACUCACUGAGAGGCAGGCAGGCACAGUGCAGAGACCAAUGGCAAAAAUCUAUUGACUGAAACCAGAGCAGCAAUCAGACAAGGAAGGUAAAAGAGGGCAAUACUGUGAAAUAUGAGAGGGUAAAAGAAUGACUGUUCAUUUAAAAAGGACAGAACGUGAAAGAUUAGACAAAUAACUCUGGGACCAAAACAAAAAAAAAACAACACACCGAGCAAUCAAGCAGGAAUAUUGCAUUCCUACGUUAUGGAAAAUAAAGAAGACCCCAGAAAAGGAAUUUCCAUAACAAAACAAUCAGGGACUUUUCUUGGAGGAGUUUGUCAGAAAUUGAAUGUAUUUCUCAUUAAACUGACUGUGCUUUAGUGAAGGUAUGGUUUAGCAAUUAUGGUCAGGGGUUGAGGUGUACUCUGUGUUUAUUGUUUUUGCUUACAAUUUCCUCGUGAAGCUGCAAAAACAGAUUUCUCUGGGGAUAACAAAGCAUGAUCUUAGCUUAUCUAAUCUUAGCUUAGCUUAAUUGAAGUUCUCAUGAUAAGAAUUACAGACAGUCCUUGCAUUAUAUGCAAGGAUAUUUUAUUGUGAAAAGAAAAAGAACGUAUGUGCUGUUGAAUAAGAUGUCCAUAAAAUGUAUCAUUUUAAUCUGUCGUCCAUAGUCUUUCUGGUCAUUAUAAUGUGAAGACUAAGUAUUUGAGACAAUUUGACAGUUUGAAGAAGUGAGUGGAUACUUCACACGACACACUGAUUAAAAUUAAAUAUUAUCUCAUUUAUUUUGACAAAAUUUUGACAGACACCAGAGGCAUACCACAGGAAAUCAAAUGUAAGCUCUAAAGUAGCUGCCUUAUCAACUCUAGGGUGUCCUUGUGUUAUACUCACAGAUUUAGCAAAGCUGUGAACUGGGUUUACAGGGAAAUGGUAAACACUGUGAAGAUAUGCAAUUGAAACUUCAAAUGUCUCUGGCUUGCAUUAUUCCAAGGGAGCAAACUUAAAGGGAUAUUCCAGCAUAGAUUUAAAUUAGGGUCAAACACACCGUAACACUGAAUUGGACACUGAAAAUACAAGGUGAAAAACUGAAUACCAAUCAGAUAAUCUUCAGUAAACAUUUUUUACAUGACAUUAUUUUAAGAUAGAGAAGACUUGACAUUUCCCUCUUUGUUUUUGUGUCCUUCACAGGUGGAACAUGAUGACUGCAGCCCCCACAAUGUGACCUUGGGUUACUAUGUGAGCAGUGGCAAAACUGUCUACAUUUCCUCUUUGGUGGUUGAGGCACUGAGUGUUUACGGUUUUGAUAAGCUACUGUCGGACAUCAGGCAGCACACUCCCUUGGUGAAGGCAGUUCUGGUUCCAGUGGCAAGCUGGCUGCCCCCUCCAAGCAUUCAUCUACAGCUGAAAACAGGUGAUGAGAUCUCAUGGGAAACAAGAUAAGAUCAAAAGCAACAAAACAGAAGCUAUCUACAGAUUUACAGAUGAUGUUUUGGGUGUGUAAGGAUAAAGAGGGAGAAAGUGCAAGGGAGGUCUGAGAGAGAGAAAAUGCAAUGAGGAAAUGGGGAGGGACACGAGGGAGGAGUCGAGCAAGGACAAAAUGACAGAAUUCAGAUUACAUGUCUGAUUGGUUCUCAGAAUGCAAAUGGACUCAUCAAUACAUUAAUAUUCAAUCAUGUAAUUUGUUUUUAAUUCUCAUCUCAUUCUCUUAAUCAUUCUUUGACACCGUUGAAAAUAAAAAGAAAGAACUGCAUCGACAUGACUAACAAGAGGGAUUGUCUACACCAACUCGAAAAGUUUGAAUGUAGAAAGAUGGGUUAAUUGGUUGAGGGGAAAUGGUUUACACUGAGAGAAAGAGUCCAUGGUCCAAAGGUAGAAAACCUUUAGGCAUGAGUCUUAGUGUGACAAAAUACGGGACAGAGGACACAAGAGGAAAAAUUUAGGUGUAGUGCAGCAAAGGACAACCCUUAGGUAAUUUCACUGUGAUACCAUGAGUGGAUAAGCAGCACGUGACCAGGACAUUUAUUUGGUAAUUAUUAUUAUCAUUAUCAUUAAUUUUUUUAAGAAUAUUAAGUAUGCACAUUUUAUGGAGAAGCAUAACAGCAACCGUAAAUAUCCUUGUACCACACAGUUCAAUUUAAACAUUUACAUUUGAUUCAGUAAAUUACAAGGGAAUAAGCUUCUUCUGACACACACUAUUUGACCAUUAUCUCAGGAAGUAUAACUUUACACCUUUCACCUUAUAUUUCAAGUAAUCUAAGGAGUAACCACUGUAGUCACUGAACAGGAAUCCCUUCAUAAAUCAUUUAAAUUACAUCUCAGAGUUUACACACUAGACUAGCUUGCACAGGGGGUUGUACAAUUUGGCACUAGGGGCUCUAUUUUCGUGUCUGCCAGUGAAGCGGCGGACCCCGCGCAGUGGUAUUUUUGUCUGGCGGAGCCCGGCGUACAGCCAGUUUGGUAUUUUCGUGGACUGAGGCGCACUGAAGUCCGCCAAGCUGGGCGUGGUGGCGUGUCAGAGGGAGGUGUCAACAGAAUCAGCUGCUGCAGUGACAUUUUGGUGCUCGCCGGUGGCACUGAAAGCUCGCCGAUUCAAACCUGGUCAGCUUUCAGUGCAGGCGGAGCGCAGCUGGUCUAGUGGUAUUUUGGUAGACAGGUUUCCACAGUGUCAGGCACAUUUCAGUGCAAUACAUAAUCAUCAACAACUAAUAAUCUGAGUCAGCACAUACAUUUAGAUCUAUAUAGUGAUAUUCUGAUCUAUAUCUGAUCUGAUGAGCGCGUUUGGCACGCGUUUGGACACACAACCUGACCGAAUCAACACAGCUGAAACCACAGUAAAUUAAAUUAAAUAUGUAGUAAAUAGACACACAUGAUGAAGUGAACAAGAUAUGUAAUUCGUCUCCCUCUUUUUCUUUGUUCCUCAUCCUCUUAUUUCUCGCGCAGCUCGACCUGGACACGUCUCCGUGUCCUCUCCCCGUCUGCUGCUGCAGCUGAACAGAUGAUUUGUUUCAGUGAUCAGAUGAGUUAUUUACUUUAAGCCGACAUACGAAUAUUAUAAUAUUCAGUUUUGUGAGCCAAAUUUAUUUUAUAUGCCAACAUCUAUGAAAGAAAGAGCCAGGCCACGGAGCGCGAUGCGUCAUUUACGCACAGAUGGUUCUGAUUUCAAUGCCAUUAUUGGAAUUUAUGAUGUAAUCUGUGCGCAUAACCCACCUUUGUCACGUGAGGUUUGAAUAUGUGCAACUUUAUGUGAGUGUCUUUAUUUGUGGAAAAGGGUGUUUGUCUUACCAGUGGGUCCAACAUUACACAUACCAAACCCAUCUGUGCUUAUAUGAGAGUGUGGAGGACGCCCUCUGCAGCGCUUACAGUGACACUUGUUGAGGGGCUGCCUUCUAUCACCAUCGUGUGGCAUUACUGUCUUCAGACAUCUCUUGAUCUCUUUGACUACUUCAUGAAAAUAGUAAUACGCCUCGCCGGUGGCGGAUUUAAAGGCGAGGAGAGGAGCUUAUGUUAUUGGUGAAUACAGGUCUCAGCUGUGUUAGACCCUCUCCACGCCCUCUCUCCUCCCUCGCUACGACUAACGCCACUGGGAGGAGUUGAGUUAGGGAGGGGGGAUAUUUUCGCUGGGCUGUGCCGCUCUCCAAAAUACCAAACUGGGCUUGGGAACGCCUUGUCAGCGCGGUGGACCUGACUUACGCCGCGCCUGUGCCACGUCUCUGGCGAAGCAUGAAAAUAGAGCCCUUGGUGGCAAUCUUGCUCCACUCUUUGUAACUCUUUGAUUAUAAACUUCACAGUCUAAACUAGGAUGUUAUGGAGGUGGGUGAUAAAAUUUAUAAUGAAAUGGGAUACCCUUAAGAAAACAUGACUUUAAAUGGUUUUUAAUGCAGCGGAAGAUGUGAUGACAUUCCUGUAGGUUCUCAAACAUGCACACAGAUCUGUUCUUACCACAAGUUAAACACAAUGUUAUGGAAAGAAAUGCAUAUUAAUGUCAAUUUUGUCUUCUGUCCUACAAUCUAUUUGUUUAUCUCAAGUGAUUGUCCAUUCAUGAAAGUUUAAACCUUCAUUUCAAAUGUACUGUAACAUUUGCAGCAGUCACGUAAGGUUUCCACAUCAGAAAGAACUGAAACCAAAUCCUCACCAUGUCUAUAUCCCUUCUUAACUCCUAGGUAACUAUUGUCUCAGUCAAAUUCCUCUUUUUUUCUUCUCCCCUAGUGUUGAGGUUCGUUGGCCCAACAGAUAAUGUCUUCUCCUGCAGUUUUGUGGAGACUUUGGAGCAGAGACUGGAAAAUGCUUUCGAAGAAGCCCAGGACAAAGUGCUAGAGACCUACAACAGGCUCACUGUAGAGGUAAUGAAUGGGUUUAUUUCGGCUCUUUAGUUAGGUGUAUUGGGAUUACAUGUAAUAUGCUUAUUAUAGUCACAAAUUUCUUUGAAGUUCAGAAUAUUUAUUUGUGAGUAAAACACAUUAUGUACCUUCCACCAUGUGGUAAUACUGUUGUUCUUCAACAGUGCAAAUGCCUUCAAGAAAAUUAAACUAGACACAAAAAGCUUGGGGUUCAAAAAGUCAAUUAAUAAUGAGGGGAGAAGCUGACUGUAAUUGCUUGUCAGUAUCUCCAAACACCCAACACCAACAAAUCACUUUAACGAUCUGAUACCAGUUUGUUUACUUUUAGAGGGUACAGAUAUUCAUCAGACCACAUUUCUUUAACCUGUCACUAAAGACAUAUUGAUCAUGCUGAGUAAAGAAAAGCUGAUUAAGAGAAAGAUAUCUUUCAACAGUUUGGUAGAAACUGGGUCUAAGAGACAAGUUGAUGGUUUGGCAACACUUAUACAGGAAACAGUUGAGUUUAGAUCAGGAACGUUGAUAGAUGAAAAACAAUCUAGGUAUACAUGAGGUUUUACAACUGUUUCCAUCAUUUAGGAACUGACUGAGGGGUCCAAACCUGGUGGGGGCAAUCUACUUAUUUUUCCUCUGUUAUUCAAGAUUUUCUAAUUAAAGAUGCUCAUAAAAUCAUCCCAGCUGAGAGCUGGAGGGAUAUACGGCUCACCGGAGCUUUGACUGUUAGAUUUGCUACAGUGCUGAAAAGGUUCAUGGGAUUAUUAUUUUUAUUUUCCUCUACUAGGGAGGAGUAGAAGGCAGCCCUAAUACACUUUUCUGAGAGAUCUUCUGUAAUCAUUGAGACUAUCUUUCCAGAGCAAGUUAGCUACAGUUGUUUUAGUGGAGUGUUGUAUAGUUUUAUCAAGAUUUGUUUCAGCUCACAAGUUUUAUGGCACAUGGCUACUCUCUGAUGUCUGAUAGUCUUUUGUUUGAGAGGAGCCACUGAAUCAAGAACGGCUCACAGCAAAUCAGAAUCCUCAAGGAAUUGGUCGACCUAAGAGGGACUAGUGUUCGUGAGGGAGUUUUCAAAUGAGUCUGGAUAAAAUACAGUAUAGAGUAGCCAGAAUGGCUUUGUUAAACUUAGCUACAGCGCUGUCAGACAGGAGCGAACAGUAGUCUAUUUCACAUAUUUGUUAUAGGUGUAGUGUAGUGUAGUCUGAUAGGACAAAUUUAAAGGUUAUCUGAGAUUGGGCAUAUAAAAGAGCUAAGCUACACUCAUUGUAGUUACCAUUUUCUGUAAAGUAGGAACACACUGAAUAGCAGAGAGCAGGUGAAAGAGAAAACAGGCGAAGAAGCCAAAGCUAAGAUGUGGAGCUAAGAAACUAGUUGCUAACAGAGCAAAAGAGAGAAAGAGCACAACCAAUGAGAUCAUCGAGGAAACAAGUGGUGCCCAGUGAAUACAAGACUACUUCAAGAACUGCAGUGACAAGAGUUUAUUUGAAUGAGAAAAUAAACAUAAAAGAUAAGGGUAGCUAACAGCUAGCAGCAGCAGAACCCUCGGCUAAUACUACCAUCAAAUGCUCCCACCCUUGCUAUCUGGUUUUUCCAAUUUUUUUUGUCUUAAAGAAUAAGCCUUAAUUUAAAAUUUACAUGCUGAAUCAUCCAAAGUGAGUUGACUUCUUUCUCAAAUAAUCAGAUCAGGCUUGUAUCAUGUUCACACCCUGUCUUGUCUUUCAGUGUUAGCUGUCUGUAUUGUGCUUGCUACAUCAGUAGAUGUCAACUGAUUUGGAUUAAUAAAAAAAAAACUGAAAUAAUGUGCUUUUCUGUGAUCUAUCUUCAGAUCCAGAAAGUGUUCCAGGAGCCAGGCUCUCCAUCAGUCUCUCUGGUGUAUGUGGUAAAAAAUGAAGACGUGAUUCUUAAUGGGACAAUUUCUAGUGGCCUCCUCAACCAACUGACAGCAGAGCUGGUGGGAUACUUUCUAUUCUACCCUCCCCUGGUCAUCGCUGAACGUAAGCCAAACCACAAUGCACCAUGUUGUUCCUGGAAACUGUCCAACUUGCUGAACUUAUUAAUUGGCUGCAGCUGGUCAUUAUUUUAUCAGUGCACAGUGCCACAAAAUCUAACAUCUAAAUUCUUAUAAAAGGGAACUUUUUAAACCCGAGUCAGGUAGAGAAGAUACCUGCAUUUAUUGGCUGGUGGAUAGACUAGCUUACUUGGGAUCUGAAAUGACAGCAGCUGCAUUUGUUUUAACGAUUGCAGAGGCCUUACAAAGUUGAACAUAUUGAGACUAUUUGCUGAACGGGAUAGAGCUGUUGAGCAUGUAUGCUCCCCACUGCAUGAGAUCAGUUUAUCUAAACUUGUGUUGUCUCAUGUGUGCACAAACCUAAACCAGCCCCCAUGGGGGUGUAAUUCUUGUUGUAUCUUCAAAUUGUGACAGGGUUUCAAUCAGGAGAGCCAAUUAUAUUUUUUACUUAUAUAUUGAACAUAGUUGAUGCAAAAAAAGAACUUAUUGUGAGGAAAUAUUUGGUUCUGAACCUCUACUGGGUAAAAUGGUGGUAUAAUAAUUGAUUCAAAAGAAAAUCAAAGUCUUGACUUCAGCUUGUGUUUAAACCAGUAACAUGAAGAAGUAAAUAACAACACUGUAUUUUACUAGAAGUAAAACAGUGUCCAUGUGUUUGGACACCUUCAAGUGAACAAGCUCACUGAAGACUGACCCAGCGAUCAGCUGAUGUUGUCAUCAAAAAAAUGCUGUUUUCACCUGGUGAAAUAAAAAGUAAAAAAUAAAAAAAUAUAUUAAAAAUAAAUAAAUAUAUGAAAGAUGCAGCUGCCGUUUUGUGUGAAGACACAGAUUUGUUAUGUUAUUUGUGCUCUUACUGUUUAGCCUACAACCAAAUAGCUUCUUGUUAACAUGUCAGUUAACAAUUAAUGGUUUGUGGUGUAAUAGGUACAGCAUGAGAUGGCUCAAUAUUAACUAACUGAAAGGGGGGUAGGUACACUACCUAGUAGUGUAGGACAUGCUUUUGACAAUACAUCAAUUCCAGCCUUUAAAAUUGGGACAAGGACAUUGACCAUUCCUAUAAAACCCUUACUUGAGGGUUUAUUGCAGAGCACACAGAUCAAUGUGAGGAGCUGAUGAGAACAGCUGAUGGCUAAAUAUAAGUGGGUAUGCAUUCUGUGUUGUACAUACUCAUAACUUAUCAACAUCUCUCUUUCUUUCUUUAGCUCUUGAAUACCAUAAUCUCAACACCUCACUGGCGACUAAGAACUACUGGGUGAAAACGGGUAAAUUGUUAUCCAUGCCUACACAUUCACAUAAACACAAACACAGGGGUGCUUGCUUGUUGAUGAGUUGUAAUCCUAAAUUGUAUGAUCUGAACAAAAGAAUAGCACGAUUGUGGGCAAUUCAGCAGAAUGGUAUUGGCCCUCUAUCUUCUUUCUUUCCUCUCUUCCUUUCUUAGAACUUUCUUCCACAUCUGAUUAAUACAAAGACUAAAAUAAUUGUCUGAUGAAGACAGAUUCAAAGUAAUUGAUCACUGUAAAUUCAUGACACCAAAACUUACUUAUCAAGCAACUUAAUUGUAAUUAACAAUGAUGUAUGAGUUACUUUUUCUAUGAGUAGCAAAAUUAGAGCUAUGUCAUCUUUACAUCAGAUAUUUUUGUGUUACCAUUGAUGCUUUUAUUUAUCUGUUUCUGUUAAUGCUUGUUUGUGGUGGAGCAGUUUUUAAUUGAUUCAUCUGUGACCCUGUGUUUCAAUUUUACCCCUACUUUUUGAAGAUUCUCUCUGCAGUAUUUUCUAAAACUUUUUUUUUCAUGCCCACUGUCUCUUCACUCCUCCCCACACAUAACCCACUGUGUUCUUUUAUUGCUAGCCUUUUUCCUGCCUUAUGUUGUGGUUUCAAACUUAAGUCCUACAUCCCUUCUAUGUCUGCCUAAGUAUCUCUUUUCAUGCAAUGGUCCUCUUAAAUCUUGUUGUUUCUCCUCUCAAAGUUAUCCAUGACGUGGACACCUCCGCCCUGGAGGCCAACUAUCAGAGCUUUUCCAGCAUGAUGGAGCAACGGCUGGCUGAGCUCUUUCUGGUGGCUGGUAGGCAGACCUCUCAGACAGUACGAGCUCGGCGGGCCACUACAUUGGGUGGUUACACUGUGCAGGUAGGUAUAUGCUUGACAAUAUUCCAGUUACACCAUGCCUGCUUCCAGUGUAGCACAGGUACUCAGUAAGGAUCCUUCUUAGUUAGGUAAGGGGCAAGCUCUUUGUAAUCUGUCCUCGGAUUUUUACUGAUGUUUGAGUUCUUCGAUAUCUCAGUUAUAAUGGAGUCCUCAAACUCUUCUUAUUGAAAGUGCGUUGUUCCUCCAAUGCAGGAGUCAGCAAGGUGGAGAUCGCUAGCAUCAAGAGCUGCGUUUACAUGUGCACAAAUAAUCAAAAUAAAUGCCUGAUCAGAAUAAAAAUGUGUCAUGUAAACAUGUCGAUCGGAAGAUUCUGAUCCAAUUUGCCUCAAUCCGAUAGAAAUUGUAUUCUGAUCAAGAGGGGUGGAAUGCCAAUCCUUAUUCCGAAACGCAUCCAUGUAAACACGUAUUCCGAUCGUGACUCUCUAACCUGACUCAGUCUUCACUCUUUAGCCUUUGGCUUAUUCACUGAGGUCAGUACAGGAGGUUCCAUUAUUAACACUGGUAUAAAACACAACCACAGGUGCCGUGUCUGCUCCUCUGGUUACAUAACAAGGCGUACAUACAGCAUAAUGAUGCCACAUCUGCACGCACAGUGCAACCUUUGACAGAACAGUAUAAUGAGUAAGCAAGGGCGCCAUCUGGUGAGAAUAUUUAACAUGGGGGAAAACUCCUGAAUUGGAUGAGUGAGCCACUACCAUGUUAGUUGGUUUGUUGACAGCACAGGCGUAAAUACAACUCCUCUUCUUCUGCAAUUGUUUUAGCAAAAUCAGACAACUCUGCACAUGUCCAAAUGAUUCUAAUCUGAAAAAAGCUUGGUGCAUGUAUACGCACAUCAGGAUCGGAUCAUUUGAUUUUGCACUCAUAUAAACAGUGGAUUCAGAUUAUUCGAUCCCUCAAAUUUUUAAAUGGCUCAAGAAAUUUUGCCCAUGUAAACACGACUAAUGACUCAAGCUUCUUGUGAUCAUCCCGGAUUCUUCACAGUUUAACAUCUUAAACCAGCCACCAUUGUGAACCUUUAAAGUUUAGGAGUUAAAAUACCCAGAAAGACUGAUUAUAAAUGCGCAAAAGAUGGAGGAUCAGUUUAAGUUGGGGAAAGUUAGAGCGAAUGUGCUAUGUAGACAUCUUGUCUGCAGCAUGUCACCCCCAGGACUGAAUUUUGAUUAUGCCACAACACAUGGAAGAGAUUUCUCAACAAUUAUUUUUGUAUGGAUCUGAUUUUCUUUUACUCAUCUAUUUAUGUUUUGCUGAUGUGCUCUCCCAGAUGGUGAACAUUCGUAGAAUGCCUGGUCCCAAGAACCCAGUUGAGAUGACAUACUACGCCCACCUUCAUGGAGCCCCCAUUUUGGGAACCACUGCUGCUAAGACCCUUAGCAGUCUGGACCCCCAGACCAUGGCUCUGACACUUGGAUACUUUGUACAAGUACAGGCUGAACGUAAGCUUGUCCACUUACUGUGCAGUGCUGUAUGACAAUUAACUUUGUAAGAGACACCAUUAUGUAAAUGAAGGCUUUAGUAACAAGAAGUUUGACAUCCAUGGGAACUACAUGAGUGUCACCCAGACAGUAGUUAGCUACAGACAAGAGUAGUCAAUAAAGACAACGAAAAAGGAAUAAGUGUAAGGACCGGGAAAUAAAAGUGUUUUUUAAGUUUGAAAAAAAUAUUCAAACAUAGCAGUUUGAUAAAUCAUUAAAUCGUUUAGUUAACACAUGUACUUUUUUUAUUGUUGGAUUUUCCUUAGUGGUGAUUAACAAGUAACAUCUUAUAGGUGACUUGAAAGAGUUAAAAAAACAUUUAUCCAAUGAUUUUUUUCAAAUUGUGUCAAUUGUUAAUUUCAAUGUUAAACAAACAAAGUGUGGUGGAUGUCAAAAUAUGAUUUAAAUGUUUGCAGCCGUGGUAAAGAUGCCCCCAAGCAACCUAUGGAUCAUGGCGGUUCUGACCCCUCUCUUCUUGCUGUUGGUGGUCAUUGGCAUGGUGGCCUUCAUUUUAUGUAAGAGAAACAGGGUCAUCUUCAAAGCUGGCGCCUUCAGGACCUUUAAAACCCGUUCCAAGGUAGGAAUGCCAUUCACAACUACACUAUUGUCUCCUUAUCUUGCUUAUGAUACGGUGCAUUUUAUACAUGUAUAUUUUUAGUGGUUUAAUUCACAUGGACCGAUCAAAUGAGUGAAAUAACCCUUUUUUUAGAUGGGCUUUUGUCUCACCAAAAUACAUACAGUUAGUCUUGUAUAUUUUGACCAUGAGAAAAAUACACUGGUGAAACAAAAGUGGUCCAAAGGGAGAUUUCAAGAUGCCAUCUUGAUCAGUUGAAAUCAUGGUUAUAGUCUGAGAACUUAGACUGACCAUACAUUAAGCAGCACCAAAACUGAUGGUAACCAGAACCAGCUUUAAGAUGUAUUUUGGCCAGCAGCUGGCUGUUAAUGGUUUACAGUGACUCCUUAAGGCAGUGGUUUCCAAAGUCGGCCAUGUGCCCCCCAGGGGGGGCGCGACAAGUCUAAAUAAAAAUAAUGCACAUUGUGUUGUACUGCUAACCAUGGCAAAUGUCAGCAGACCUCCAGGAAAACGCAAGGGCGACAACAACACUACAUCAAGACCAAGUACCGAUCAAAACUGGACAUUGAAAAUGAACUGAGAGUGGCAGUCUCACAGCUGCACCCAAGACUGGGGAAGACCUGUAGCACGAAACAAGCGCACAGUAGCCACUGACUUAUUUUAGGGCUGACAGAAUAUAUUUUAAAGAUGUUACCUAAGUUUUCAAAUUGUUCAUCCUCAGAAAAAAGAAGUUUAAAAAAUUGUUAAAAGGUAUUGCUGUUGUUAUUUCUACAAAGUUUUAAUUUUCAUUUAAGUAAAUUGGAAAAACAAUAGCAGCUUAUGACAGACAGUGUGUUUUUUUAUACAUUCACAUAUCUUUCUUUUACAUGUUGAUGUGUACAGUCAGGUGUAGGGGGGCCUGAAACAAUUUUUAUCUGCUAAAGGGGGGCCGGCAGAAAAAGUUUUGGGAACCACUGCCUCAAUGUGUCUUGUUAACCUGAACCAUGACAAAUGCAAACUCAACACACUGGCACAAAGGUAAAGUCUGUUUAAUCAGAAAAAAAAUGCCAGUACACAGGCAGAGGUAGCCAAUCCAGAAAGCAAAAAGCAAGGUAAAAAAAACCCCACUGAAAUAGGGUCAAAAACACAGAGGCAAACACCAGAAACAAAGGCUGUAACUGUCACACAGUGGGCAAGACAACCUGGCACAGGAGGAAGGGAACUCUGGGUUUAAAUACACCAGGACAGUGGGGUUGAAAAAGACAAAGAUGAGACACAUCAGGGUGAUCAGCGGAGCAGGUAACACAAGGAGGAGCGAGUCAAAAUACCUGAUACAAGAGGCGAGGAUGAGUAUUUAAAUAAAACAGGAAACACAAGACAAGAAGCAUACAGGCGAGAAAUACAACAGUUGAAACAAUCAUGAUGAGAUAACAUAUCCUACUUAAGAAAAUUUUACGAGAGGUAGUGAUGUGCUACUGGAUAUCAGUAAUUAUUUGAUCCAUUUGUAGGGACGAGGCCAAAGACUGCAUACUGAGGAGAAGAGUGUUAGAAAAGAAGUGAAACCAAAAGAGUGUGGGUCUGAAUGACUGAAGACACUUUCUAAAGUUUCUGACAGCCUGCAGAGUAGUUCAGGGCUGCAGUAGUAAAGUGUUUUAGAAAUCAGGUAUCCUGUAAAUUGUACUGACAAAUAAUCAAGUAAGGGCUGAUUAGAAGUUUUGCACACUCAGCAUAUUUUUAAAUUAAAUAUAUGCCUUUUUUGCUGUAACUCUAAUAAUUUGCCUGCUGUGGGGUUAUUAAAGGAACAUUUUUCUUUUUUUAUCACUUAGACCUAAAAAGAUGUACUUGAACCUCAGACUUACCAGUGCACAUUCAUUUAUUAAAUACUAAUCUACAAAAAUUAUACAAAGAAAUAUUUUAUUUCUAUGACACUUGAGUUAUAGCAGUUAAAGUAACCACUGAAGACUAAGGGCUCUAUUUUCGUGCCUGCUGGCGCCGCGGCGGAUGGUGGCGCGGUGGACGGUGCCGCACCCCACGCAGUGGUAUUUUCGUCAGUUGGAGCCUGGUGCACUGCCAGUUUGGUAUUUUCGUAGACUGAGGCGCACCGACGUCCACCAAGCUGGUGUGGUGGCACAGCAGGGGGAGGUUUCGACAGAAUCAGCAGACGCAGUGACAUUUUUGUGCUCGCCGCUGGCAUGGAAAGUGCGCUGAAAGCUCGCCGAUUUAAACCUGGUCAACUUUCACUGCAGGCAGAGCACAGCUGGUCUAGUAGUAUUUUAGUAGACCGCUGGCGUAGUGCACAUACGUCACCAAUGCCUCACCGGCAGGUUUCCACAGUGUCAGCCACAUUUCAGUGCAAUAAAUAAUCAUCAACAACCGUUUUGGACACAUAACCUGACCGAGCUGAAACCGCAUUAAAUGAAAUAUCCAGUAAACAGUCACACAUGAUGAAGUUAACAAGAUAUUUAAUUAGUCUCCCCCCUUUUUAUUCUUCUUCUUUGCGCAGCUCGACUCAGACAUGUCUCUGUGUCCUCUCCCCAUCCUGCUGCUGCGGUGGCAAGACUGAACAGAUGAUUUAUAUUAGUGAUCAGAUGAGUUAUUUACUUUGAAAAUUUGAACAAAAAAAUAAAAGAAACUUUCAUUCAAAAUUACCUGUUUGUUAAAUGCUCUCACAUCCUUAAAAUUCUGUAAAUAUUCAAUCUGGAGUCAGGCUUACAUACAAAUAUCAUAAUAUUCAGUUGCAUGAGCCAAGUUCAUUUUAUACGCCAACAUCAAUGAAAGAAAGAGCCAGGCCACGGAACACGAUGCAUCAUUUACGCACAGAUGGUUCUGAUUUUAAUGCCAUUAUUGGAAUUUAUGUUGUGAUCUGUGCGCACAACCCACCUUUGUCACAUGAGGUUUGAAUAUGUGCAACUUUAUGUGAGUGUCUUUAUUUGUGGAAAAGGGUGUUUGUCCUCCCAGUGGGUCCUCUCUGUGCUCAUAUGAGAGUGUGAAGGACGCCCCCUGCAGUACUUACAGCGUCACUUGUUGAGGGGCUGCCUUCUGUCGCCAUUGUGUGGCAUUGUUGUCUUCAGCCAUCUCUUGACCACUUCGACUACUUCACGAAAAUAGUAAUAUGCCUCGCCGGUGGCGGAUUAAAAGGUGAGGAGAGGAGCUGAUGUGAUUGGUGAAAACAGGUCUCGCCUGUGUUUAACCCUCUACACGCCCUCUCUACGACUUAUGCCGCUGGGAGGAGCUGAGUUAGGGAGGGGGGAUACUUGCGCCAGGCUGCACCGCUCACCAAAAUACCAAAGUGUGCUUGGGCACGCCUUGUUUGUGCGGCAGACCUGACUUACGCCACACCUGCGCCAAGCCGCUGCCAGCAAGGCACGAAAAUACAGCCUAAGAGCGUAAAUGCCACUCAUUAUUUGUGUACCAUUUACACAAACCCUGGCUACGCCCCCUGCACAGUAGCAGGGGAUUUGUGUGGAAACAAAUAUCUAAACAACAAUGAUGAAAACAAACCUCUUUUCUUUGCCAACCAUGUCAUAUUAUGAAUUUAUAGUCAAAAUAUACUGUACAUAUUAAUUAAAGUAAACAGUAAAAUGAUUAGACAGCUGAAUAACCCUGUCUUUCUAUAAACACUUGUGGAUCAAAUAUUUACAGGGAUCUUCCUUCUUCUCUUCCUCUGAAUUCAGUGUGCAUGUUAAGGAUGAUAAUAAAUUAAUUAAGCUAUAUAUCUAGCUAAAUGUAAUUUGUUGGGUGAGUGUUUGAGUGUUAUAAUGCUAAUAAAUGUAAGUGAGUCAUGAAAGGCUGUUCAGAGCUCAUGUCUGAUAGUUGAUAUAGCUGAAACUCUGAGCCCAAUGUGAAAUACAAUCAUCUUUGUUGUAGCAUGGAUUUAAACAAAGGCUUGGGACAAUGAUUAACUUUUUUUAAUGGAGUUACUUGAUCAAUAUGAGGAACUAUUUUAGCCCAGACAUGAAUUGUUUAAAUAAAACAAGAUUUCAAUACAGUAUCAUGACAGACAGGAUAUGAUUUCAAAAAGUUUUGCUUUAAAAAGUGAAAAUGAAUAAUUCAAGUGGAACAAUUUAUCUUUGGUAACAUGAUUAUUUUUGCUCCUCCUGACCCAUUUUGUAUCCUUCUGUAGGCUUUGUGAUUUUAACGAUAAGACAGUGAAUGUUAAUAUAUAUGAUAGCAUGAAAGAUAAAACUUUCUAUAAGUGCAGCAGUACUUAUUGAUGUUUUGAUUAUGUAGUCAACUGGAGUUUUACACAGUUUUAGGAUUCAGCUAACUCAAAUAAGGUGUGUCCUAUCCCCAUGGGGUACUUUAACCCUCAAAGAAGGAACGAAUGAUUUGACUCUUAUCCUGAAAAACCUUUUUGAUAGUCUUAAUGCUUUCUCUUGCCUUCUUUGAUUUCUCCACCUCAGUUCUGGCCUCAGCUAAGUUCUGACCUUUGCUCUGGUCCAUUCUUUUAUGUUGUAUUAUCUUAACCUCUCCCUACUUUAACUUUCUUCCUGUUUAGACCUCAUAUCGAAGAGAGGGCAGUUACCAUCACCAGGUAUCCACUUUAGACACUUGGAGAGUGGAUUAGACUAACCAACAGAAUGAAUACAUUUUUAAUGAAUCCAUGAGCAAAAGCUGCUUUGUCUGCUGCUUUAGACUGACUAACUGUGCUGAUCAACUUGUGCAGAAUGCAUAAUACAUCUGUAUCUGUGCUGUCUGUUGCUAUUACCCAGUAUAUCUGUGCUUGUGGCGAUUGUGUGGACAUGAGUUAUUCCACCAUACUCACUGGAUAUUGAGAUAAACUGGCAAUGAAGAGAGAAAUAGUUAUGUGAAAUUUAUGUGCAUGUUUAUUGGGAUUUGAAUUGAUUUGGUCUGUCAGGUCAAGUUGGAAGAAGACAAUUUAAUUUCAGGCACAUGAACUUGAAUAACAAAACAACACCACAAUACUAAGCCAUCUACAGUUUUGGUACGCAUUUAAAGUGACUCGAAGAAGUUUCAUUACCCUUGGUUGCAUAUGACAGUUUCUUAUCUGACUCUGUUUUAACUUUUUAUCUAUCCAGAUAAAAAGCUUAUCUGAUCCCAUUCUUUUUGUAAAUGCUUUAAGUUCUCCCAAGCAUAAUGUGAGCUUCUUUUCAAGCCUAGCUGAUAGAAAGGACUCAUGAAGACCUUAGAGUUCUUACAGUUAAUUAUUUUUCUGUUAAUGUCGCGAUUACAGUCGCUUUGGUGGGGCAUAGCUGCCGCUUUGCAGGUUUCUUAGAAGUACCAUAGCUCUUAGGGAUACUCCGGUGUAAAUUUAAGUUAUAGUCAAACACACUAUAACACCGAGUUAGACACCCCCUCGAGAGAUGAAUGUUGCCGACUGCUUACUUCUCUAGUUAUACCAACACAGCAAUACACAGCAGUCUACGUCACAACGCAAAAACCUUAACCAAAAAGUAAUGCUCAGAACAGCACCUAACUUCAUCAACAGUACAUAUAGGGUCCCAGCCAUAGUACUAGCCACCAAACAUCUUUUUAGCUUUGCCUGGUUUCAUUUGCAAAGAGACCAAAUACAACUCACCCACUAUCCUCCAGCAGUAGCUAGUUUUUGGGGGGAGCCCUGAUGAGUCGAUCACCGAGUGCAGCGGAUCAUUUCCAUGAAGUAAUAAUCAUCAUUAUAAUCAUUUUACACUGCAGACGCGGUAGUUCCUCUGCCUUAGCAUCUCUGUCUGUUUGCGUUUCCAUGAAGUAAUAAUCAUAAUUGUUCCUCCUUGAGCUGCGAAACUCCGCUGUACUUGGUGAUCAACUCUUCAAGGCUCCCCCCACAAAAAAGUGGCUUUUGGUUGAGGUUUGCGCAUGGAGAUGUAGACCGCUGUGUAUUGCUAUUGUGCGGUCUUUGCUGCAGUUGGUAUAACUAGAGAAGCAAGCAGUCGGCAGCUUUCAUUUUUCGAGGGGGUGUCUAACUCAGUGUUACGAUGUGUUUGACCCUAACUUAAAUUUACGCCACAAUAUCCCUUUCAGUGAAGGUUUCAGGCAGGCACAUGCACCCUUAGGCUUGAGCAACUGCAGUUUCGCUUCCUUUGGUGAGACUGCCCUUUAAAUGAAAUAAGACAUUUUUGUAUGAACUAGUGAAGCAUUAUUUUGCUGUUUAUUUAUGUGCAUCUUCUCAUGUAUCCACUCUGGUGUGUAGUAGGCAUACUGAUCUGAUGUGCACUCCCACCAUUUUCCCUGCCAAAGCUGAAUUUUAAUAAAUACAGCCACAGGAGGAGUAGAAAAUUUCUCAUCCAUCUGCUGUACCUCAUCAAGCAGCUGUUGGCAGCUACUUUGAACUAGAAUCAUACCAAUCAUAAGCUUCUACUUGAAAAUACAGGCAAAGAAAAAGGGUUGCCAAUUUAGAGUCCGAACAUCCUUGUUUUUUGGUCACUGUUCAAUAUAGAUGUGGAGAAAAUAAGUAAUUGAUCAGUCCUCUUACAUCUAUGGAAAAAUGACCCAUGGUCUCACUGUACCUAACUUCCUAAUGGCUCACUGAACUGAGCUGCAAGUAUGGGUUUAAAAGUGACCAUUUGUGAAGCAAGUGGAUCCAAAUGAAUUUCUGUAAGGCUCAGAUGCAAAUAUUUUCAAGCCUCCCCAUCUGUUACCUUGCACAGUGAAGUGGACGCAUGUCCAAUGGCCUUGUACACUGAAACACAUUAUCAGACGUCUCAUUUACUUAAAAUUUCCAUAUCUUAACAAUGAUUUGGAAAAAUGUAAGACAUACAGAAUUGCAACUUCAGUGUAUGGCAUCCAACUGAACUGUCAACAAGCCAUUUUUACAAAGGACAUUAUCAGAAGUGCAACAUGCAGCUUCCACAUCUCACUGUUGGUGGUGGUGAAGCCAAGGGUGAGGUAUUAUGUCAUAGUUUCUUGUCUUUGUUAAGUAAUUUUGAUGUUCUGUGUGCACUAAUUUUUCUAGCCUCAUUUUUACCUUAUACCAAAUUCCUCUAACAAAUAUGUCCAUGCUUAUUUGCAGUACAGAACAGUGUGUUUGUAUCAAACCUUGCCACAUCCUCCCUGUGCAGCCCGCUAUGAAUCACUAUGUUUGGCAAAAAUGCUGUCAGUUGUCCCAAAAGAGGAUGAAGGGAUAAAUAAAAAAGAAGGAAUUUGAGUGUAAAAAGAAGAGAUCAACCCCAAGACCUUCAAGAACAAACUGAGUGGUUUUUCACAAGUGCAAUAAAAGAGAGAGAGGCUAAACGUCAGACAAACUUUUCAAGGUUACACAGGCACAUGCACGCUCACUCACACAGAAGAAGAAAGUCAUUGACACAAGUGAGCCAGAGCUACACUCUGACAUCAUCCUGGCCCUUCGAGGAUGUGUGUCCCAUUCCUCACCUAUUCUUUCUUUGCCUUUUGUGUGUCUGUGUGCAUGUGUACUUCAUGUAUCAAUAUCCCCCCACUCUUCCUUGGCUGUAGCCGAAGUGAUUAGGCUGGUUGAUGGCGCAGCUGUGUGUUGAAAUGAUAAAUUAUUAACAGGCCUAUCAGACAGGCUGCCUAACCUCACAUGCACUCAGAAUUUAGUAUGCAUCAACAAAUGCAUUACAUGGCCUAUUUUAGAAGAGCUCAAAAUAGAACGGGAGGGCAGAAUUCAGGUUUUGUUACAUAACCUGAAAGUGUCUCUUCAUCGCUUUUACUUGUUCUCUGUUUUCCAGAAGGAAGGGCACCGAGUUAUCAGAGACAGUGUCUGGUAUUGGACACUCUAAAAGCACAACACCUGCUCUUUCUCUUUCCUUCUGUAUGCCGAAGCUCCUUAUUUCUUUUGAGAGAACGAUGCCAUGCUAGCUGUUAGCAUCUCUGCUAUCCAUUCAGCAGUAUAUUCAAGCAACAAAAAAAAAAAAAGUCUAAAAUUAAAACUACAAUGCUGAUAGGCUCUCUAAACACUCCACUUCACCUGACUGACAAACAUAAACCAUCCAUCCAUCUAUCUUUCCAUCCUUCCUUCUAUCCUUAUUUAUAAGACACCAAUUCAUAGCAAAUAUUUUCUCAAGAUGCUUUGCAAAAAGAGCUUGGCUAGAUCAUACUCUUCAGUUAUAUUUACAAAGACCCAGUGUAAAGAUGGGUUAAGAUUGAGUCUCAACUAGUAAGAUCAGACCCACUGUUAUGCCAUCUCAAUCUACCAUGAGUGUGACGCUUUACCAAAUUAAAGUUGGAAGAAGAAAAACUUCCUUUUAACAGGCAGAAGCCUACAGAGCCCCUGAAGGGACAUGGAUGAAAAAAAUAAAAGUUUUUUCUUGAGAUUUUUGCGAGAUCUCGCAAAUAUUGUCUCAGGAGUUCUUGGACACUUCCGUGUCAAUUCAACAAAAAUACUGGAACGUACGCAGCCGUGGGAAAAGUUCAUUGAAUUUUAUUUUGAACUAAUUUUCUGCCCACCUUGUCCCUUUGCAUGCACUUGAUGUCCUCGUUUGGGACGUCUCUGGACCGUAGGAAUUCUUUCAAAUUGUCCUCGAGCAUGACUUGUGUUUUAUAAGAAAAUAGUGCCUGCAUCACAGAACUGAUAUAAUGUCUUUUGAUCUGUGGCCAAUCUCAGAAAGGAUGCAAUGAACCUCUCCCACAGGUGCAUGCAUUCCAUCGUUUGACUCGACAUGGAAGAAAUACAGAGAUAUAUUCUCCUUUUACUUGUAACCCUUUGACAACUUUGCAAGAUCUCGCAAUAGUUUUGUGAGAGCACACAAGAGAUCUCAAGAAAAUGCUUUUUUAUUAUUUUUUUCUUCAUGUCCCUUUAGGGGCUCCGUAGAACCAGACUCGUGUUGGUCGUCUGCCAUAAAAAUGUGCCAUAAAUGCACUGCAGGUCAGGUAGCUUAUUGGUCGACUGUAGAAAAAUGAAGAAAAUGAUCCAAUCGCACUGCCUGCCUGGGCGGUGUGUGUAGGUAAGCUCAUUCAUUUAAAUGUAACAUGCAAGUCAGUUGGUUAGAGCAAUCACACAGCCCCUGCGUGCCAAGUAUUGGUCUGUCACUCUCACAAACCAGUGCAGUGUGGAGAAAAACUAGAUAACAGGAGGCUGAGCCAAAACUGUGAUAUUGUUAUGUCUGUUGAUGUUAUGGUAAAAUAGAAUACAACUUAAUAUCUCCGGUCUUAAUAUCUGUAUCAAAUGAGCUAUGACCACAAAACAUUACUUUACAUUCACAACUUCCUAUAUUGAUUUGGCAUUCAAGUAUGCACUUGAAUUUAAUCUAACCAGGGGCACUGAUGGCCUAGCGGUCUAUGUAUAGAGGAUAUCGUUUGCCUUGCAAGGGCCACUGGUUUGAUUCCCAGCCCUUACCCUUCACUGUAUGUCUCCUCCCUCUUGAUGCUCCCCACAUUUCUUGUCUCUUCAGCUGUCCUGUCUAACUGAGGCAAAAAAAAAUUCCCAAAAUAUAACUUUUAAAAAUUAAUGAAACCAUAAAUGAAACCAGAUCAAGUAUUUUACAAAACCCAAUUCCAUUGAGGUUGGAAAUUGUGAUAAAUGUAAAUAAAAACAGAAUACAAUGAUUUGCAAAUCCUUUUCAACCUAUAUUCAAUUGAAUACACUACAAAGAUAAGAUAUUUAAUGUUCAAACUCAUAAACUUUAUUCUUUUUUUGCAAAUAAUAAUUAACUCAGAAUUUCAUGGCUGCAACAUGUGCCAAAGAAAUUACAGGGGCAUGUUUACCACUGUGUUACAUCACGUUUCCUUUUAACAACACUCAAUAAACGUUUGUGAACUGAGGAGACUAAUUGUUGAAGCUUUGAGGGUGGAAUUCUUUCCCAUUCUUACUUGAUGUACAGCCUCAGUUGUUCAACAGUCCGGGGUCUCUGUUGUCGUAUUUUACGCUUCAUAAUGCGCCACACAUUUUCACUGGGAGACAGGUCUGGACUGCAGGCAGGCCAGUCGAGUACCUGCACUCUUUUACUACAAAGCCAAGCUGUUGUAACACGUGCAGAAUGUGGCUUGGCAUUGUCUUGCUGAAAUAAGCAGGGGCGUCCAUGAAAAAGACGUUGCUUGGAUGGCAGCAGAUGUUGCUCCAAAACCUGUAUGUACCUUUCAGCAUUAAUGUUGCCUUCACAGAUGUGUAAGUUACCCAUGCCUUGGGCACUAAUGCACCCCCAUACCCCAUACUGUUCCCAAUAAGCUUGCUCACCUGUGGGAUGUUCCAAAUAGGUGUUUGAUGAGCAUUCUUCAAAUUUCUCAGUAUUUUUUGCCACCUUUCCCAACUACUUUGUCACGUGUUGCUGCCAUCAAAUUCUGAAGUUAAUUAUUAUUUGCAAAAAAAAAACAAAAAAACAAAGUUUAUGAGUUUGAACAUUAAAUAUGUUGUCUAUGUAGAAUAUUCAAUUUAAUAUAGGUUGAAAAGGAUUUGCAAAUCAUUGUAUUCCAUUUUUAUUUACGAUUUACACAUCUUCCCAGCUUCAUUGGAAUUGGGUUUUGUAAAAUAAAUGAAUGUGGGCUGGCAGCUCGGCAGCAGUCCAAUUGACACACAGCUUGUUUAAACAACACUAAUGGCACAAGCUGCAGCACUUUUUCGCGAAUGAGCUGUCACAUGCUACACAAGCAUGCUGUAUGCAUUUACUAUCAAGCCAUGUGUUGUACAGUGGUACAUCUAUUUCUUAAUCCGAGACACUCUUACUCUUAAAUACCAGUGCAGACAAAUAUUUGUUUCCUUGUACUUUGUAGGCCACACCAGAGUUUUUUGGUGCACCAGAAUUUACGGAGAACUUGUAAUUGAGCAUUUUGUCAAAUUGUCUUGGGAUCCAACAUCAUCACUACAUGCAUCCGUCUGCUUAAGUGCACAAAGAUUGCCAAACUGAUUUUGCAACUCUCAUUUUAAAACUCUACCAUUAUUAGAUACGCUUACUCCUUUUUAUACCAAGCAUUAUGGUGAGCAUGCAAUAAAGUGUAUAACUGCUUUAUCAUGCAGUGAUCAUUAUUUGGGUUGUAAGUCACACUGAACAAAGACAUUUCCCUUAGCUAUCGACCUGUGUUACCUAUAAAGAAAGAAAAAACUCAUUACAGUAUUGAAGUGUAGGAUCAAGAACCAAGUCUGACUCAAGUCUUAAUUUUCACUGGGACUCUGAAGAUGGAGAGGAGGACUCAGACUGAUUUAAUUAAGAAAAAAAAAAAAAUAAAAUAUUUUUUGUCCUUUUUCUGUUCGGCACUAAUAUUUUAUUCAGUUUGUAUAAGCUGGUUCGUGCGUUCACCUGCAUGUAUGUUCACAUGUCAUCUUGUUCAGCUACAGUUCCUUCCAGGAUGACUAAAAGAGGUGCCAUAUUGGGAGUUUUGCUUUCCAACUGGUGUAACUUGUGUGAUGCACAUUUACACACCAUGCACAGCUCUGUACCUUCAUUGACAAUUUAAACCUCCAGACACUUUGAGGGGAUCAGUCAGAAUCUAAUGUAAGACAUGAAAUGUGUUUUCUGAACAUUCAAAAGGAUCUGCACAGUCAAUGCACAGUACAGGCCAGGCUGACAUCCCAACUUCAUUGGAAUAGCUGUUUAUAGUAUUGGCAAUGGUGACUCAACCCAGUCCUCGACUCAGGUAAUGGAGACUUGACUUGGAUUCUUCUGUCGUGACUCACAUUCCACUUUGACAUCUUGAGACGUGGUCAGAUUUCAAGUUUGGCUAUUUGACUACAACACUGGUUGUGCUCUAUCCCGUGCUGCUUUUUUGUGAACUUGCAUGUGCUUUGAGUGUUGACACCUGUAUAGCAAUAACUCAUCCAUUGUAACGGCCAUAAUGAUGGUAACAAGCAUUUAGAAACACUAGAAAGAUACUUUUGAGAAGAUAUUAGUUUGGAAAAGUAUCAUCCAAGGCAUGAUCCUAGCCAAUCAGAUAAAAACCUCUCCUCUACAAGCAACUAGGGCUGCACGAUUUUGGCCAAAACUAAAAUCCCAAUUUUUUCUCUGAGAACUUGAUUUUGAUUUUAAUUUUGAUUGUUUAUUCAGUGACAACUUCACCAAACUUAGCUCUAAUAAUAAGUUUUUCUAUCAUCUCUAAAAAUGAAACUACUGAAAACAAUGUAGUACAUAUGCCAAGCCAGUAAUUGGUGCUGUAACACUGCACAGGAAAUGCACAAAAGACAGAAGAAGAGUACAGAGCAUGCAUAUAAAGGUUGUUUUGGCUGAACACGCUCAGGCGCCAUAAAAGAGUUACACUGAGUGUGACAUAAUCGUUUCGAGAGUUGCAGAUAGGCAUCCACACAGAGAUGAAAUGGUAGUUGUUAACGGAUAUAUGCACUCUCUGACACAUUUUCAAAAAGUACCAUUUACAGUCACCUGAUACGCCAUUCCAUGUGGAUGAAAUGCCGUUACGAGAAAAACUUGAAUUUGUUAAUACCGGGUUGAUACCACCUUCAGACAGACUUUGCAGCGGGGGAGUGAUUUUCUCUUCAUCCGAAACUGCAAAGCCAUACCACUUCAACACGACUGACUUGCUCUUUUCCUAUAUCGCCAUGAAAUUAUUGGCUUCAUUGUAAAUGCCAUGUCUGUUUACACUGGUGUGUGUGGGAACUGGGGAGCACUCUCGCAGGAAAGAGGAGCCUAACGUGGCCUGAAGGCGUGAGGCAUGAUAGAGAGGAUAAUCGAUUUGAUGAUUUAAGUUUUUUUGAUAUAGUCAUAAUCAAAUAAUCCGAUUACAAUUUGAAAUCAAUUAAUCGUGCAGCCCUACAAGCAACAAUAGCUUUGACCUCGUGGAAAACAAGAUUUUGUGACCCUUGGUGUGUUUCCUUGUUUCCCCUACCAGCCGGUUCAGGGCUUCGACUAUGCCAAGAAGCACAUGUGCCGAACAGGUGAUGAGACCGUUUCUGUUACCAAGGAGACUCUUGUGCUCGGACUGCCUACAAGAGAUGCUCCACUGUCACUCUCCUUGGAUAACAAGAUCCACCAAGAUGGGACUGCCAGCAAGAGGCCUCCAUCAGCUGACAUACACAAAGGAGGGUGAGAAAUUACAGGCAAACAUUUAUAGCAAGGUGCAGUGCAGCUAUAGUUAAGACUCAGGGCUCAAAGCUAGCUUCUUUUUUUUUAACCACUUGCCCAACACUGAUGAGGCUGCCUGCAGUGUCUGCAGACAUGACUUGUAAACUUCUUUGAUCAGCCUUAUGAGAGCAGGCUUUGGCCAGUGCUAGUUAUUUCAAAAUGCCAAUAAGGAGCAUGAUAAUUAUGAUUACCUUGCUUUUGUAUGUGUUUCUCACAAACACGGUGAACGGUAAAUGGAUUGUGUUUUUUAAGCUAUUUCUCUAGUCCUCUAGUGUCGUAUUUACUCACUCAUCCUACUCUCAUGUUCACAUUCACGUCAUACAUUGAUGUCUUAAAUUAUGAGAACGAGAUAUCACUUCGGCCCUCAGACUAAUGUAUCUUUUCCACCCCUCUUUUUUACUCAUUGGCCUCUGGAUAUUGUUGCCAUGCAAUACAACAGGAGGUUGCAAAGUGAUGAAGAUGGCUCAGUGUCAAGCAAUGGGUCUGGAAAGCUUAACACCAGUAAGAGCUCCUCAGCCCACAGGCCAGCAACCAACAACAGCAGCAAGAAUGGCAAGGAGGAGCUGCACAAGAGAAGCACAAAUGGUGAGGAGGUGCUGAGGAAAACAAGUCAGGGAGGAGAUAUGGAGGGGCAAAGGGAGACAGCAGGGAAUGAGAAUGAGUGUGUUGGGAAGAAGGAGAGGAGGGCUCAAAACCUUUUAUUAAGGUUCUGGUUAUCACAGCAAAAGUGUAACACUUAUUCAUAUUUACUACUUUGUUGGUGAUGACGGCAAUUUCACCAAAUGUGUUACACCUGUUCAACAGUUAGCAGUUAGCAUUUCAGAAGCUGUGCUUAUUUGUUAAACUAGAAGUCAUGUAUGAGGUUGCAGUUCAGAAAGGAGGAACUACAUACAGUCUCAAAUGAAAUACUGUAAAAUACAUAAUUGUCAAGUCGUAACUUUAAAACAAAUCAACUAUUUUUUUUUUGGAUACACUGUAAACCUCAUUUUUACGAUUUAUGAUUAUACCUUACUAAUGCACUUUGUGGUGUGAGAGCAGUAACAAUGCACUGAACAGUGAACAGACCAGAGUCGAUAAACAGAUAAGCACUUUCCUGAAGGUUGAGUGUGUAGAAAUGGUAAUAUCUCACUGAAUAUAGAAGAAAGGUUUUGGACCAAAGUGCUCCCCUGCUUACCCCUCCAGUUGGUGAAGAAACAGUGGCCUUCAAGGACACAACGCUUGUGAUGCAUGAUUAGUAUGAUCCCUAAUUUGGCAAGUUUUACUGUCCAAAACGUCUUUCAAUACUACUAGUUUGUCUAUUUUGUGCUAUGGUAAAAUCAUAAGGGUAGAGACAGUAUUCUUUUUUAAAAGGGAACUGCUCCUAUGUAGAAAUGAAAUGCUCAGUUCAAGUUAACAAGCUACUCACAAAUCUUGUUUUCUGUUCUGCUGAAAUACUGCCAUGAAAUACUACGCACUGCAACUUAAUGCCAAUGCCAUAAAGAGAAUUUAUAUCUGUGAACUAUCUCUAUCAUCAAAACCAACUGGAUGUCCACAGAAAAGGACAAAAAUCUCACCAUCCCUCAUAAUUUCAAAGGUGGAUUAAAAACAUCAAGAGUGAGGUAUAGCCAGGAAGUAUUGGGGCUUGGAGCUGGGUUUCUGGCAGCCUGUUGAAAUUCUGUUUUAACCCUGUAGUUUGCCAUCUGAUAUCAGUAAGGAUACAAGUCCCAGUGGAAAUACUGUCAUGUCAUACAUACAGUAAAACAGAGAAACACAGAUGAUACCAGAAACAGUUAAUAUGCUGUUUAACUAAUGCUCCCUAAUCUGAGUAAGUGACAAAUACUUGUCAAAAUAGUUUUACUCAGUAUCUUGCUUAAGGCUAUUUGUAGGGACCAACUUAAAUUGUAACCUGUAGAGGACAAAUACAGUUUACAGUGUUGAUGAAUUUUAUAUAUAAACUGCAGCUGUUUCCCAGUUUGCAGCUAUGCCAAACUCAAGUAACCAGUUUCUGACUAUAACUCUAUAUCUACUGUACUAUGAAUAGAGUCAGUACGUUCAUGUUGGUCACAGUUUAAUGGGAGAUUGGGAAAGUGUUGUAUAAAGAAUAUGAAAUAAAUUAUAUAUUGAUGUAACCUCUUAAUUACUCAGUUAUACUCAGAGGAAAGUUGAUGAAUAGAAUCGAAAUUGGUAGAGUUCAUGAUUCUUGCGAGAAAUCUUAUAGCCUGCAGUAUAAUUUUCUCUCUGCUAUUUGUUUUCCUUUGCUUAUCAGAUCCUUAUGAGGACCAUUCAGGCUCCCUGCAUCUUAUCACAAUCAAACCCAUGACAGCACAGCCAACCUACUCCUUCCCAUCCUCCUCAUCUCACAGCCAAGACUCUGUUGUCCUUAAUGGAGAGGUAAUUCUGCACAGAAACACACCCAGUGCAUACACACAUUACACAUGUAAUGUACAUGCACCCCAGAGAUUUUAUUGUACUGACUUGACUACAAGUAAAGUCUGCAACAAAGACAGUUGAUGAGAGAGCGGAAGGUAGAGCGGCAUCAUAAAGAGGCACACAUGCAAAAGAAAUGGUAUACAGCAGCAUUGUUACUUUUCAGUCAUAUUGCUAGAUCCAUGUUUAUUCAUAAACCUAUUAAUCAUUUACUAUUAAUCAGUGACAUCACAGUGAGGAUACAACAAAUGGAUAGUCUGAUUGUGUCAGACAUCACCUAAUCUUUUUUUUUGUGUAAAUUUUGGGAGAGAUAUAUUUAAAAAAAAAAAAAAAAACUAUGUCCACUUUUACACUAUUUAUUUAACCAGAUAAGAACACAUUGAGAUCGAGAUCUCUUUUCCAAGGGUGACCUGGCCAAGAGGUCAGCAGUACACAUCGCAAUAAUCAUGUAGACACAAAUUUAGUCAUUGUGGUUGACUAAAUGAAAGAAAGAAAUGAAAUGCAAGUUUUGCAUAAAACACAUGUUACUCUCUCAUUUAGUUCUGCGUCUGUGUAUUCACAUUUUUGGAACUAUGCAAAAAACAAGUGUGGAAACUCAGACACAUAUUCCUCUAACUUUAUUAAAUAAUAACUCACAGCUGACUGAAAUAAUCCUUUAACAAGUGCCCAGACAAGCAUCGAGACAAAUGUGAAUUAGUUUGAAUCAAGACUUGAUUUUGAAUCAAACCAGUGCCUCAUUUUGUAAUCAAAAUCAAAUCAAAUCAAUAAAUGUUGAAAGACUCACUCUCUUGACAUGAGCUGAGCUGCUGUCUUGUGCUUCUAGAAAUCUUAUCAGCACUGAACGGCAGACUGCACAGAUGUUGGCUUUCCAGAUGGUUACCAUUUCAGCUCCAAGCACAAAACUGUUUUUCUACUUUAUUCUUCUUCAAUUUUAUUUCAUUUCCUAAUAUUUCAACUCUGGCCUGGCCCUUAUACUCUUUGGUACUGCAGAAAUGUCUUUCCUGAUGCUUUGACAAAUGUUUUUUGUUUUUUUUUUCUUAUUUGUACCAUUUUUAAUCUACUUAUUUUGUAAUAAAUCUGCAUCAACAUUUACAGUAGUAAAAGUUUUGUUGCAAUGUCCAAGCAAACUAAACUAUUGGUUAGGUGACAGAAAUACUAAGGUAAAAGUAUGUGAAGCACUAACAACAAUAACCUAAAAAUAUUAAUGAAAUUGAAGUUAAAUUGUAUGAAACAUUAAGUAGUACUGACACUAAAAGGAUAUGAUAACCUUUGUAAAGACUUAAAAUCUCUUAAGCAAAAUCAGAACAGCCUCAAAAUACGUAUAUGGAGGCAAGUAAAUACAAUAAGCUCAUUAAAGUUUAAUUAAAUAUGGUGUAUUUGACAGACAAACCAUGGUGGAUUGAAGCAGAAGUCAGACAUUGAGAACUACAGGAACAAACUCCGCCAAAAGGCCAGAAGAAAGGGAUAUGGGGAGUUCUCUCUAUCUGAGACAGGCAACCACGGCUACGGUCACCGUGACACCAGGCUUAGCCGUCAUGAAAACAGUGUAAAGGAACCAAUGACUGCUGAAGAGAAGAGAGCCUCCUUUGCAGGAUGCCAUAAGAGGUAUGGUCCUUCAAGAGGUUGUAUUUUUCUGUUCCACAUUUACAACAGGAGAUGUAAAGUGACAGUGUUUGGUGUCCAUACUUGAUGUAUGCAAAGUUUCAAAUCACAUGGUAAAUGUAUGUCGUAAUAAUCCUUGAAAAUAGAUGUGGACUGCUCAAAACGCUGUAUAAUUCAGGUGUGACUGAUCAUUGUGACUGCUCAGACACCUGGAUUAAUCAGUUUGUCCAAUAAUAUAAGACAGGAAAUAGUUCAGGAAGUAGUGGCUCUUACAUAGAACCCAUUGGCUUGUUGUCUGUGCAAAAUACUGUUACUUAAAAUGACCACCAGAGGUCCCUAUGUCCUAAUUUUUUAUUAUAACAUCAAGCAACCCCACUACUUCAUAGUCUGAGAUAUGAUCAAAAAAAUGUUUACUUUAUAUAACUAUUGUUGUGCUGACCACAUGUGUCAUGGAAACCAGUUUCACAGAAGUGCUGCAACAAGGACCAGUGUGGUGGCUGCAGCUAAAGGCAGCUCACAGUAAGGUAGCUGAAAGAAACCUGCAGUCAGACAACAGUGAUAACUUCACCACUGAGGCACUUUUGCACUACUCACCUUUUGGCUUUUUUUGGCUGUUUCAAGGUCAGUUUUUAACCUCUCACUUCUAGUGAAUACUUUUGAAACUGGCACUUUUAAACCUUUUUGAAAGAGUUUACAACACUUUGAGGGAGUUCUGGUCAUCGGAUUAUUGUACUGUGAAUAAGCUUUCAGGCCAUGAUCAUGCAGAACCUCCUUCAGGGUCUCAGUAAGCCCUGAAACAGCUGCUCUCCUCUCAUGGCCAGGUGGAUGCAUGGAGGAGGAUCCACACAAGCUCCAGACAAAACACAUGGUCCCACUUUGAUGAUAACAAGGUCUCUUGUCUUUAUGAUGAUCGGGGAGCCGAUCCAGAGCUAUCAGGACCAAGAGACCUGAGUGAUGAGGCAUAACGACAGUCCAGGAGCCAGAGGGAUCUUCACAGAGGGAGCUGGCUGCUGAACUGAGAGACCAGCGUAUAAAGGCUAAUUUAUGCUCAACGUUACAUACAGAUCUGGAUACAGACAGACCUCUCCAUUCGUGCUUCACGUUCUUUUCGUCCGACUUUCUGCACAAAUCCUUGAAGUUUACAGAUACGGGCCAGACAAAGUGGUACCACCGGAAACUGUGUGGGCAGCGUUGCUGCUGUCACUACCCGGCGAAGCAAGUUGUUGAAUGCCCUGGCGGACAUCCUGAAGUACUGAAGAUGACGAUUGCUGUCAAUUUCUCUCAUCGGUACUACUAGAGAAAAGAAUAUUCUGUCUUCUAACCGCGAGGCAUUUAGUGGCCUGAACAAUCACCUCCUCCUCCAACGCUGCCUCUGUUUCUGUCUCCUAUGUAAAAUAUACAUGAUCACGAGCUCCACCAGAGUCGCCAUGUUUCUUUUUGUUUGUUGUUGUUGUUGUCAGAAACUUUUGACCCCGGCCUGCCCCCCUGAUGGAUGUAAUGGUUAACAUCCAUGCCAACAUAAAGGAUGCAUGGAAGUAUGUGGGCAGUGACGUAACCAUCAUUUGAAACAGACGCGUACAUUGUCAUACGUAUGACGAGCAGAAAUUAGCCUUAAGAGCGACCUGCAAACUUGACUGCUGGUUUAUUCUACUAUUGCAUUUCAAACUGUUCUACACUGUCAUUGCUUCUACACCUGUACACACACCAUGUUUACAACAUGCAAAGACCUGAUACGGAGCAUAAAAAAGCCUAUUCAGACUGUCAAGCAAUGUCACUACGAGCUUUUCAAAGAGUGUUGUCACAGACGGGAAAGACACUGCCAAGUUGAGUCCAAGUGAUGAAGAAGACUGCGUGAAUUUUGUCAUUUCUUACAUGAAGUCUGAGUCUAUUGAUGGAUCAGGUGGCAUAAUGACACAAGCUACAUCCAGCUCCAUCUCAUCCACAAACGUACUGCUUCUGAUUCCAAUAACACAGCGCAGCAGACACAUCUCCACUCCCACACACAAACUAGCACAAGCACACAGACUGUGGAAAAGCUGAGAAUGGGAUGACCUCUCCUAUCUUCAGCCAGGGACCACUGGCCUUGCCCUCACUAGGAUCCAGCAUGUUUUCAGAGAGAUCUCCAGCUAGAGGUCCUCUCAAAGUGGCUAGUGUGCAUAUAUCUUGGUGGUGGUAGAUCACUCCUCUAGAUUCACACAGGCCAACCCCACCAGGAGUGAAGCCAGCAAGACAGAUGCUGACUGGGUCUUAAAGGUUUGGCUUUCCACAAAUGACCAGGAAGGGAGUUUGAGAAGGAGUUGUUCAGAAGACUCCAAGAAUUGUCAAGUGUUUGCCACCCUAGAACUUCGCCAUAUGACCAUCAGGCCAAUCCUGCUGAAAGGCUGAAUCACACCCUAUUGUAGACACUUCUGUCCUUUGUAGUGACAGAAAUGGAGAAUUUGAAUGAUAACCUGCCUGAACAAAAAAAGAGUUCAGAGAUUUCUCCCUGCGUUACUUGUUAGUUACCACCAGCGUCUUCCAAUCAAGCCUAACUUCGGACUUGCAGUGGAUGAGAAUGCAAAAAAGCCUCAAAUUUGUGUUGUGGCUCUGUGGAAGUGCAACAUGAAGGCCCAGCUGAGGCUGGAGUUCUACUUCCACAAAGCCACAGGGAACAUGAAAGAGUUUCUACAGCUGUGGAGAUAGUAAAUGUAAAAACAUUAGUCCAGGUAUUUUUUAAUAUGUUAAUAAAGUUGUUUUCCAAAAUCCCAAAAAAGAUUGUUCUUCUUCUACUUAUUGUGCUUCUUCAUAUUCACAUUCACACAGCUUAUGUUGUGAAAAUGAGAUUCAUUUUGCUUCUGUCCAUCAGGUACUCUCAACCAAGGGAGCCCACCUAUUGGAGCCGACAGUCUCUGAGCAGCCCUGGCCCAGUUGAGACAGAGCUGGAUCUACUUGUGCUGAGAGAGAGAUCGAGGAGGGGUAUUCGCAAUAAUGGCUAUGAUGUGAGUUACUCUUUCACAGGAUUUUUGUGCAGUUUUAUAUUAAAAAAAAGUUUGAUGCAGUGAUUCACUAGUGGUGUGACUCAGGAAACUAAGUGUCCAUGACAGUGUUUGGUGUCCACCCAUGAUCAAGUGGAUAAACUGCCCCUCUGUGUGCUCUGCAGGGUGAACCAGAACAGUUUGAGGAGACUAACGUUGACCGUCUUAUGAGCUCCCUGGGUUACAGAGGUGGAUCUACUGGCACUGGAACAGGAAGCUUGGGCGUUAAAGCUCACCGUGGCUCUGACUCCUCCACACUGAGCUCCCAACCAUCGAUUGAUGAAGUCCGUACACAGAUGCAUAUGUUGCUAGGCAAUGCCUUCAGCCUAGCACCUCAGGACCAUGACCCACCUUCUCCCCCAACAAAGUAAAUGUUUCAUUACAUUUUCUAACACAACAGCCUCGUUUCUAGUAUUGUGUUGUAAAGAAAAAAUGCAUCUCAGAGUACACAAAGUACAGUGUGCAUUUCUGAACAUGUGUCCUUGAUAAUACACAGUGUUCAUGGAAAAAAAACACAGGAGAACUUGAGAGCAAAGGUGUCUUUCUGUUAACCCAUUUUUAUUUUAUUAAUGCCCCUCUCUUUUAUCAGCAAUCACCGCCACCACCACCAUCAUCAUGCCCACAGAGCUUACAACCCCUCCCACACCAGCCACUACAGUGAUGGGGUGACCAGUGCCCCGGGGACCAUGAACCACCCUUGUGGGGGAAGGCAGAGGAGCACAGGCUAUGAGGAUAUUCACCAGUGUAGCCUACCCAAACCGGUAAGCACUCUUAAACACCAGAGGUUGGAAAAUGACUGUUUUAAAGUAGGUCUGUUUUUCAACCCACCAGUUUCUUCUGCUUUAUCUCCAAUAGAUUUACUCAAGAUUUACUCAAUUUCAUUAGGGGUUCUCACACUAUUAAAAAAACAUUUUUAAGAUAUAAUAAAGGUAGAGGUUGAGCUGCAUGAUAUGUAUGGCUGACAAUUUUUGUAAUAGAUAGGAUUUCUGCUAUGUAUACAGCUCAUGAGUUUUUGUCUAAUCCUAUUUAAACACUGCGGGGCCAGUCGGGGCGGUAGGGGUCAAGUGUCUUGUCCAAGGACGCUUCUGCUUUUGGAUAGUCCUGGGAUCGAACACCAACCUUCUGGUUGGGACUGACCGACUCUGCCACUGAGCUGCAGCUGCCACUGUUAUAUAAUAGUUUUUACUUUUAUGACUGCUUAUGACUUGGAUAUUGCGGAGUAAAUUUAAGUUCUGGUCCAACACACCGUAACACAGAGUUAGACACCCCCUCAAGAGAUGAAUGUUGCCGACUGCUUACUUCUCUAGUUAUACCAACUUUAGUAACGACCGCACAAUAGCAAUACACAGCUGUCUAUGUCUCCACAUGCAAACCUCAACCAAAAAGCCACUCUAUAGCCACAAGUAAUGCUUAGAACUUCAUCAACAGUACGUAUAGGGUCCCAGCCAUAGUACUAGCCACCAAACAUCUUUUUAGCUUUGUCUGAUUUCUUUAGCAAAGAGACCAAACACAACUCACCCACUCUUCCCUAGCAGCCGCUUGUUUGUGGGGGAGCCCUGACGAGUCGAUCACAGAGUGCAGUGGAGUUUUGCAGCUCAAGGAAGAACAUUUAUGAUUAUUACUAUAUGGAAAUGCAAUCAGACCAACACGCUAAAGGUCCUUACACACCAGGCGAGAAUUCGCCAGGCGAAUUAUUCGCCAAGCUUCCACACCGGCGGCGAUUUGUCCGCGGGGCGAAAAGCCGCUUUUAUUUUUUCGCUCUUGUGUCGAAUUUUUCGGAUAUUCGCAGGCGAAUAUCUGGACCUGCUAGACCUCUGGCCAAUCAAAAGUCAUGUUGUUGAUGACAUCACAGACCCAUACGGCUGGAGGAGAGGGAGAAGCUUGAGAUUAUGAAAACGCAGACAAAGACAGCUGAGGUGCAUCCAAAACUCUUUCGAAUUACUAAUGAAGUAGUUUCCUCACAAGAUGACACUCUCUUGUCUUACCUAGGAGACAGAUGUCAUGCACACUUCACAGGGUGACCGCCUCAUCAUGCCUGAUUCUCCCUCUUAGCUGUUUGACAUACCGAUGAUUUGCAGCUAAAGGGCCAACAGAAUGAGCAGACAACUUGAAGGAUCACUGCUCAGCCCUCGCCUCUCCUGGCUGCUGCGGCGUCUCUCACAGCUUUUCCUUUUCUUUCUCCCUCGCUCAUAAUGCUAGACAUGUCAAUCAGCAGCCGUUCACACGACACACACCACCACUGGCACCAAGAGCAACGAUGGGAGAGAGGCUGGUCAUUGCGGUACAGGACCACCUGCAUCUCCUCUCCUCCGUGCCGCAAAGCGACUUUAUUAAUUCUCUUUGCAAAAAAUAUACGCAUAUUCGCUUCGAGCCCGGUGUGCAUAGGCGAAAGCGAUUUUUCGGACCGGCGAAUAUUCGCAAUUUUCGUCUCGCUUUUUCGCUUCGCUCCGCAAAUUCGCCGGUGUGUAAGGACCUUAAGGCAGAAGAACUACGGCGUCUGCAGUGCAAAAUGAUUAUGAUGACGAUUAUUACUUAAUGGAAAUGAUUUGAUAUUAUUACUGAAUGAAAAGAAUGUAUUGCUAUCAUGUGGUCGUUACAGCAGUUGGUAUAACUAGAGAAGCAAGUGGUCGGCAAAAUUCAUCUCUUGAGGGGUCCAAGGGGAAGUAGGGUGAACCUACUAAAAGUGCACCAGUGGGUGGUGUGUGGAAAAUUUACCAUAUCUGUGUAGUGCCUUCUCAAGUCUUCUUACUCAUUACAUGUCAUAUCCACCUUCUCAGCUCACAUUCAUUAACUGAUGGCAGGGAUUGCUGUCUAAAGCAGCCGUCAGUACUACCAACUAUUCCCAUUUACACAUCGAGCAAUGUUAGGGUUCAGCAUCAUGCCCAGGGCGCCCCAGUGAGUGGACAGGUUUGAAAAUUAAGCAUCUGUGGAAAGUGCUGGGAAACCAAUACUGACCCCUGGGUGCCCUACCCCACAGCUUACAGGCUUUUAAGAUCUGCUGCUCAAGUCUUGGCACCAAAUAACAUGCUGCAUAAUCAGGGGUCCAGUGGAGUCCAUUGGCUCUAUUUUCGUGUACGCCGGUGAGGCGGCAGAGGGUGGCGGACCCCACGCAGUUGUAUUUUCGUCUGGCAAAACCCGGCGUACAGCCAGUUUGGUAUUUUCGUGGACUGAGGCGCACUGAGAUCCGCCAAGCUAGGCGUGGUGGCGUGGCAGGGGGAGGUGUUGACAGAAUCAGCGGGCGCAGAUACAUUUUUGUGCUCGCCACUGUCAUAUAAAGUGCGCUGAAAGCUCGCAGAUUCAAACCCGGUCAGCUUUCAGCACAGGCGAAACGCAGCUGGUCUAGUAGUAUUUUGGUAAACCGGCGGCGUUUCGGCAUACGUCAGGUUUCCACAGUGUCAGGCACAUUUCAGUGCAAUAAAUAUUCAACAACAACUAAUAAUCUGACUCAGCACAGACAUAUUCUGAUCUAUAUCUGAUCUGAUGAGCGAGUUUGGCAUGCGUUUGGACAUUCAACCUGACCGAAUUAACACAGCUGAAACCGCAUUAAAUUAAAUUAAAUAUGUAGUAAAUAAACACACAUGAUGAAGUGAACAAGAUAUUAAAUUUGUCUCCCUCCUUUUCUUUCUUCCUCUUCCUCUUAUUUCUCGCGGAGCCAGACCUGGACAUGUCUCAGUGUCCUCUCCCCGUCCUGCUGCAGCUGCUGCUGCUGAACAGAUGAUUUGUUUCACUGAUCAGAUGAGUUAUUUGCUUUAAGCCUACAUACGAAUAUUAUAAUAUUCAGUUUUGAGAGCCAAAUUUAUUUUAUAUGCCAACAUCUAUGAAAGAAAGAGCCAGGCCACGGAGCGUGAUGCGUCAUUUACGCACAGAUGGUUCCGAUUUUAAUGCCAUUAUUGGAGUUUAUGUUGUGAUCUGUGCGCUCAACCCACCUUUGUCACGUGAGGUUUGAAUAUAUGCAACUUUAUGUGAGUGUCUUUAUUUGUGGAAAAGGGUGUUUGUCUUACUAGUGGGUCCAACAUUACACACACCAAAUCCAUCUGUGCUCAAAUGAGAGAGUGUGAAGGACGCCCUCUGCAGCGCUUACAGUGACACUUGUUGAGGAGCUGCCUUCUGUCGCCAUCGUGUGGCAUUGCUGUCUUCAGACAUCUCUUGAUCUUUUUGACUACUUCACGAAAAUAGUAAUACGCCUUGCCCGUGGCGGAUUUAAAGGCGAGGAGAGGAGCUGAUGUUAUUGGUCAAUACAGGUCUCGGCUGUGUUAAACUCACUUGACGCCCUCUCUCCUCCCUCGCUACGACUUACGCUGCUGGGAGGAGCUGAGUUGGGGGGGGGGGGGAUACUUACGCCGGGCUGCGCUGCUCACCAAAAUACCAAAUUGUGCUUGGGAACGCCUUGUCGGCGCGGCGGACCUGACUUACGCCGCAUGUGCGGCACAUCUCUGGCGAGGCACAAAAAUAGAGCCCCAUGUCUCAGCGGGUCGGGGCUUCCUAAAUGUGAUGAAAAAGGGGCCUGUCUAAUAAACAUAGCACUUCAUAUAUUUAUGUUGUGACUGACUGGAGUAGAUCUAACAUCUCUGAAUUAUCUGUAAGGAUAGCUACUUUAUAAAAGAACAGUAUUCCUCUCCUGGUUGUACAAAAGGAUGAUGAAAACUGUACUGUACUGGAUGAAACCUUUCAAAAAUUUUCGAGAACUUGAGUUGAAAUACUAAGUUACUUUAGAGUCCUUUAAAAAAACAGCACCUUAGCUGUCAAGCAGUGCCACAGUUAUUCUACACCAAAUAUUUAUACCUUCCUUUUAGAAACAAGAAGUUGUUUGAAAUUAAGUCAAAAGAUUCCUUAUAGAAAACAAAUAAGAAAUAAUAUGAAAUAAAUAAAUGAACAGAUAAAGCCAGAUGCUAGCUAGAUAAAAAAUUUUCCAUUUGCACUUUCUGUUUGUGCAGGGUUUCAGGUUCACGCAGCUACCUGAUAUGGGCAUCGGGUCUCCACCACCACUGGUUCCCUCAAGGCCAGGGCCACCGCCUGGAACCUCACUAAGACGGUAUCUAACUUACACCACUUACACACUUACAACGCAGACAGUUUGUUAGCAUGCUCCAGUUAUGGGGACUAUGGUCGCAGUCGUGUGGUUGCAGUUUCGGUUUCACACCACAUCUCUAUACUAAUGGCUGAGGCUACUAUGCAAAGCACCCAUUAGUGUCACUAAAUCCCAACCUCUGAACCAAACGGUCCACUCAUUUAAUGAAUUGAUCAGUCUUGAGUCAAACCCUUAAAUGUUUUGACUGAGUUUGACAAACUCCAAAGAAUUCUAAACACAUAAUCACUAUAGAAACACAUUUUAAACACAUUUUGCACCCUGAUAUUCUCUGAUAUACUCUGAUACAUACUGGUAACCAUAGGCGUCAAUACUUAAACAAAAUAACAGCACACAUGUUGUGUUUUUAGCAGAUGAGACCAAAAUAUUUACUUAUUUAAUUCUCCAAAUAUGAACACCUGAAUGUUUUGUGUUUACACCCACAAGUGUAACGUGCUUCGUCUGCUCAUCAUAUUGCGUUUAUGUGAGAGGAGGGUUUUCUUUCAUGCUUUUUCAAUCUUUUAUCAUCAAACAUGGUUGAGGUUGACAACACUCUGACCUCCUCGCUCACUCUCCUCCAAGCAGUCUUCUCCAUUUCAUUUUUGAUAGAAAAAACAUGUUGUAUUGUGUUUCUUGGGGUAGCUACACACCAUCAAAGUGAGAUUUUUCAACUCUUUGGAAUAAAUGAACAAAACAGAAAUGUGUUGAAUCAACUCAGCAUUAAUUCUAUCACUUAAACAAGUAUACCGUAAUAUAAAUCUUUGAUCACCUCUAGUUUUGAGCAAAAAAACAUGCUAAUAGAAAUGGAGGGUUAUACUAAUCACACAUCACAGCAUUUUAAUAUUAACAUUUAGAUAUUAUGAUACUCACAAAUUAUUGUAUUUGCUUUAAAGCUGUUUUGUGUGGUUGUGCAUUCAUUGCAUGCAUGUCAAUCAAAUCCCUUCACUGGCAGUUCCACCCCUGAUGUUAGUCUGAAGCCUUGUGUGUCCGAGGCCCCAGACCUUCAGACCCAGCAGCUCAAUGGUGCCCCAUAUCUGCCACUGUCGAGGACCCCAUUCCCAGCUGUCACUGUGGACCAGUCCAUCACCACGUACUCAGGUAUGACAGGGAUAUAGUUUGUUGAAAAACAAGUAAAAUGAUGUGACCACUCAUUGUGUUGAAUAAAUCUAUUUACUCAUCUUUUUGAUGUUCUUUCAUUAGGCAACCCAAUAACAGCAGUCUAUGCUAUAUCAGCCAACCGUUCUGGUUACUCAGACUACUUUGUCAUGUCACCACCAUCCUCGUACCGUAGUCCAUCUUGGAUGUCCUACCCACCUGAGCCAGAGGACCUGCCACGACAGUGGAAUGACACACCAGUGAGACACUUGAAGCAUUUAAUUCAAAGCAUGACCGGCUGCUCCCACUUAAAGCAUUUAUUUAUUCCCACAAGACUCUAACCUAGUUCCUCUGCUCCCCAUUUAGAACUCUCGCCAUCUUGAAACCAUCUGUUAGGAUGGCCUGCUUGACAAUGAGAGGACACAGCCGGUUAAUUGGUAUGUACUUUUAUCAUGCUGGUUUUGUGAGAAUUAAGAAUUAUUAAUCUGACAACACAACCAAAACACAGAUUUUAGACAAUUUGGACAUGGUUUUUAAAACUGCUACCAGUUAAACAUACUGUACUUCCAUAGCUUAAUAAAGACUGCUCAUCUGUCAACAGCUAAUUUAAUAUACAUGCGUAGACUAAACAUAUUCUCACUUUCAGGAUGGGCAUUUCAGUUUACAUCAGUCCAUAGAAUUAAUUUAUAGGAGUGUCCCAAUACAAUAGUGGUGGGAAGAACAGUUCUUUUGACUGUCCUGACUCUAGAAUCCGUUCAUUAAAACAAUUCGUUCAAAAGAUUCGUUCACUCAAUCAGUCAGUGCUUCAGAGCCCUGUCCUGCUGGUGCAGUACACGAGUGAGUAACAUAGCUGCGAGUUCCUCCCUCCCCUCUCCUGCUGCUGAAGUCACAGCAUCGUUCACUGGGUGACACAUGUCGUUCAUUCGCCAAGUCCUGAAGGAAGAAUCACUCCCCUGCCCUGAAAAGCUCACCUCCCUUUGUGCCGCCGUUGGUGGAAACAACAAAGCAGCAAGCAGCACGCCCGCUAAAUGAGCAUGAGUCGUCGUUCUUUUAUAUUGCGGAAAAGUAGAGAGAUUAAAAAUAAAUAAACAUCGCAGCUGUAGCGGGGAUUCUGAUACUUUUAAAGAUAUCAAAUAGCUUAUUGCUUUAAAUCGGCUGAAAUUCAAACCUUCUUACAGGAAAGUUUAUACAUGUGUAUAAAUGUAAAGGCACUAUAACACACUGUCUGUUCUUAAGCCUUAGUGAAUGAACCGGUGUUUGGCAGUAAGUGAACGACGCUACACCCUUCCCUUCUCUGUCUGCCUCAAGUCAUUCGGAAGUCGUUCGUUUCGUCCACCAUGUCGUUCACUGACUGAAACAUUCCGUUCAAUGACUGAUACAUGUCGUUCAUUCGCUGUGAGCAAAUCACCAGGCUCCGCCUGCCCACUCGCUGGCUGGCUGUGUGUCGUUCGCCAAAGAGUCAAAGGCGGCAGUUCCACUCCUGACUGGCACGCCAUGCUCGCGGCUGAGCUCAACUGAACUGAGAGAGGAACGAAUCAGGUCUUGGAGUGAUUCAGUUCACAUCAUUCACUCAGCAGUUCCGUUCUUUUAAACGAAAUGUUCUGGAAUGACACAACACUACGAUCAAACUUUUUUACUUUUGAGACAAUACUGAUAUUGUAGCCUUCAGUAAUGACCGAUUCUGACAUUGAUCCAACAUUGAUGCGAUAUUGGCAUAAACUUGUGCAUGACAAGUUUUGCACUCAGCUGCAACGUCUUUUUCAGACUUAAACCAAAAAUACUGCCACACGGCCAACAUCACUUCUACUCCUUGUUAUUUUGUUAGUACCUGAGUACACAAUGUUGUUGUGAUUACGUGGGCUCUGCAUGCUGGAUCUAGGUGCUGCUAGACAGAGGUGCUGGAGUGGAGUCUGGAAUAGACUACUCUUUUUGGAGUGCUGAUAUCAGCGGUUUUAGAUGCAGGCUGAUAUAAUCUGAUAUCCAUUUUUUUUUGCUAAUAUCAGACCGAUAUCAAUAUCAGAUCGGGAUACCCCUACCAAUUCAAGCCAUCAUGGUAACCAACUAAAACCACACGAUAAGUCCACAAAGGCUAGGGGGACGACCAGUUACGAAUACAGACACUUACUAAAAACCAUCAGUACCGUAUUACUGCUGGUCAGUCCCAUUUUUUUCAACCCUUUUAACCCGUGCUGUUUUGAUUUAAAAGGUUUUAGUUCCACUGAGACAGAGUUAAGGCUACAGAUAGCCUUCAAGUGACAAGCCAUCCAAAGACUGUGUGUUUUACACAAUUAUUAUAUCUGUUUUUUUUUCUCUUUUGCUUUAUAAUGAAGUUAUACUGAUACAUAUUUGACUCCCAGUGACCACUGAGCCUAAUUCUUUCAUUGUUUACAGGUCAGUCCCCUUUGCUUGCUGUAUUUUUCUACAGAUUUCUCUUUCGAUGAGCAGAGAACCUCCUUCACAAGAAAUCUGUCGGACUAACCACCACUCCUCCACUUCAGCUGUGCCUGUCCUAGUCAUUUGUUACUGUGUUGAUUCCCGUCUUCCCAACUCUAUCCCCAGCUUCCUUUUCCCCACUGCCCUGAAGCUUUGUAUAUUCCAUUUCUGCCUGCUUAAGUCAUAGCCCAAAAUGUUUUUCAUCCACCAGAACUCUUCUGCUCCAAAAGACCCAACACCCUCUCUUCAGUCUCCUUACCAGUGCAGAGCUUCAGUCAUAAUUCUCUCAGUAUCUGUUUUUGUUUUGCUUCCUGAGCCCUUGGCUUCACCGGCACUUGUUCAAUGGCAUCUCCAUGUAGGCCGUCUCAUAUGAGAUGACGACCAACUUACAUAGUAAGAGGCUCUUCACACUGUGAAAUGAACAGUGCUCAGGUGAGCUCCAUGAAACUUUGCUGUGCCUCCCUAGGUUACAUCACAGUGUGCAGUGUAGAUGAACAGGGUGAGUACAAUGCAAUAUAACAUUCAGAGGGACAAGACAGACCUUUUCAACUAUUUCUCAGCAGUUAUUAAACAGUAACAGCCAUCUGCACAGCACAUAGUGGCACACAGCGCUGUGUUAUCUUUAAGACAGUGCCCCAGCAAUGGCCAGUGUUCUUCUCAUCCUCUGAAAUGACCUGGACCAUCCUGGACUUUCCCGUAGGUCCACCAUAAAGCCAGGAAUGCUGGAAUGACUUAAAACUGUGCUUUUUGAUGAACCCCAGUUACUAUGUAAACCUUGUAAAGCCAGUUGAUAUGUACUAUUUUAAACUUCAGUCAAAAAAAAAAAAAAAAAAUCAUGAAAAAGGAAAAAAAGUUGUCCUGAGCUGUCUCAAUUUUAGUUUUUGUAUAUUUGUGGGAUUUCGUCUUUUACUUUUGUGAAUUGACAAUGGUUUCUUGUACAAAAAAUUACGUGAGUGUUUAUCUUCACUUACUUAUUUCAAAGCAAA